UUAAGCCAUCGCCUACACCUCAAGAGGAGUAGGCACAUAGAAUCUGAAUGUAUUGUUAAAAACAAAAAAUCAUGGAGCAAAAUUCGGGCGGGAUUUUCGUAUUCCUGCUGUUAGUAUUGGUUUGGUUACCGGGAAUAUCGUCCAGCAUUUGUAACACGACCGGUGACAGACUGUUGGUGGGGGAGAGAGAGGAGUGUGUCCUCCCCGUGGGUCACUAUGCUCUGAGCGAGGUCAAGGUCGACGGGAGGGUGCAAGUGACCGGAAAUGGCCGUCUGACUCUGAACGUAAGCGCAUUGUUCAUCGGAGCGAGUGGUAGCGUCCGUGCAGACGGCAGCGGGUACGGCGCGGAAAAUGGACCCGGAGCAGGGACUCCAGACGGAUCUGGAGGUUCCUUCGGCGGCAGAGGCGGAAUUCCUGGGAACGGACAAUAUCUGAAUAAGUCUCAGGCGGCGACCUACCCCAGUACCCGGAACCCAAACUCAGGCGGAAGCGGGGGCGGUGGUUCAUGUGGUGGCAGCGGAGGCGGCAACAUUUACAUCCACUCAGAUGUCUCGGUACAGAUUGAUGGGCUGUUGUCAGCCAAUGGGAUUGCAGCGUCUGGUUUUGACUGCGGUGGUGGAAGUGGGGGGUCGAUAAACAUCGUCACCAACCUUAUCGAGGGGACCGGUGUCAUCUCAGCCAAUGGGGGUGACGGGCAGGGCAGUGGGGGAGGUGGCGGGGGAGGGCGUGUCUCGGCGAGGCACAUUUACGACAGAUUCACGGGCACCAUUAUAAGUGCGGGGGGACUUGGAGGUAGAGAUGUAGGAACUGCCAAAAUUUCCUCUAUGGCAUCAACACGUAACAGAAAUGGGUAUUCAUACAUCUAUGGAAAUCUCGACCACACUUCAACCACCAAAUCAUGGAGCCCAUAUUACACAAACGGCAACCAGUAUCUGGAAUUUCGUCUCUCAGAGCCUUACUAUGUCACAGGGUUCGAUACCAAGGGGGAUACUUACAGCAACUCCUGGGUGACCAAGAUAAAGUUCCUGUUCUACAAUGACACUUCUGCUAUGUGGGAGAACGUAGAUUUCCCAUCCAGUGGAUUCUCUGCCAAUGUGGAUGCAUCAACAGUGGUACAUCACACUCUCCCUGUGGCAGUCAAAACCACAAAGAUUCGCCUGAUUCCGGUUACGUGGUACAAUCUCAUUGGUCUAGCAGGCAGGAUAUAUGGCUACACACCAGUUGAUGCUGCAAGACUUGUUCGACCACCGACGCAAUGCCAAACAAUAACCAAAGCAUCUGCUGGGGGUCCAGGGACAGUUUACCUGGAGCAGACCGGCCUCGGGGUGGGGACCCUGCUGAUUGACGCCAGAGAGACGGACCCAGAGAUCAAACUGACCAAUCUGUGUGAUGACUUCGACAUCGAGGAAUCAGGGGGUGCAUCCUGGCUGAUGGAUUUUCCGCCUAACCUGGACAGGAUUGUUCUGUCUAACGGAGCCCAGUUAGUAAUUCCUGAAAACGUCUCAGCCACAGAAAUUUUGUCAGACACCAAGUCCACCGUUUUCAUCCUACCCUCGUCCAACUUGCUUCUCGGGAGAGAGAUGAGGACCAAUACAUACGUGUAUCCAUCAGCUAGCGUAGAAUUUGCCACAGGAGCGGAUGUCACGAUACAGAUGUGGUGUUACGUAGGAGGUGAACUUAUCACUAAUGUGACCACUCAUGUAACAGUUUCAGGGAAUCUGACCUUGACCCAACAGAAUCUCACGGCAGCUUUCCUGACAGUGGCAGACAAGGCUAAAAUGACGGUGGUUCACGAUGUUUUCACCGCAGAAAUUGCCAAAAUCAAAGUAAUUGGUAACUUUGAGGCAAGAGGGCUCACAGACUUUGUUGGCAUUACCGAUUUUAUUGUAGAAGCAACAGGUGUGGUGAAAUUUGACCCCAUUACCUCUGACCUUUACCUGGGAAGGAGAAUCAAUUUGAAUGGAAAUGUAUUUCUUGGAAAAUCUGUUUCAUUUCGGCAUCCCUGUGAGACAUUCGUAUUAGCUGGCGGUGUACUUCAGUGGCCUAACCCCGCAAACAUCACAAUCGAAUGUUCCCAAGUUUACAUCAAUGGAAAAUUCCAUCCAGGAACGUUGAAUUUUGCUGAUGGAAUUCUCAGUCUGCAGAUUGGUCCAUUGGGGGACUUUGUGUGUGAAAUGGAUGGUCCAGUUCUCGCAAAUGUCCUAGAUGUGUCGGGAAAGUGGUACAUCACAAACUUGGUGGAAUUCAAGUCACUGAACCGCUCGGAUUCCCGCAUUGAAAAAUUUGUGGUUUCCUCUCCAAAUGGAAAUCUUCGAUUAAAUACAAACAACUUGCCAUUGCUUGUGAAUGGAACAUCUGUGCCAUCAGAAAUGAAAAGCACCGUGAGAGCAAGAUACCUGGUUGUACAGCAGUACAUGCUUGGAGGAAAUCUGUCCAUCAGUCCGGGGGUGGAUCGCCUGUGGGUGGGAAAAUCUGGAAACCUCAUUUUUACACCUUACAUGCAGUUUCAGAUUGAUGAACUGUUCAUUGAUGGAGUACUAUCUUCCCUAACUCCAAUAAUAUUGGGAGGUUUGGCUCUCUUGAAGUCCAAUCUUCUCUACAUAGGACCAGGGGGUAGCAUGUCACUGGACUCUUCGGUGCAGAAUUCGCGGACUUGGACCGGUACUUCACAGAUGGGGAUACAUAACUUGGCCAUACACGGAACCCUUAAGGCAGGCAGACUGAUGAACCACCUUAAUUCCAGCCAGGGUUGGGACUCGCUAUAUACCAACACCACCGGCGUGGUGGAGUUUGAAUCAGAGGACGUGUUCUAUGUCAACCACUUACAAAUUGAUGGCAGAAUGGUUGUAUUGAGUCCCAUCAUUAUGGUAGCCUUUGUUCCAGACAAAGGUCUAGAGAUGUACAUUGGGGGGACUAUCGUUCUUGAUGCCUUAGCCUCGCAUCCUUUGGGUCCCUGGAGCGGUCAAUCCAACAUCACUGCAGACUUGAUCAGCAUGAGUACAUCCAGUCGGUUCGACACUGGGAACACAGUUUGGACGGUCAAAGAGUUAACUGUGGGAGGGACCCUCAAUUCUCAGCCCACAGAAGAAGUGAAGGUCAUUAUCUUCAGGGUCAAGGGCACUGGUGUGGCCACCUUCACCAUCAAUAUCAACCUAAAGAGUGCAAACCUCAGAAUUGAAGCAGGAGGUGUUUUGGAUCUGGACUUCAGGCGACCUCCAGCGUCUACAAGCUCGGGGAACUCCCCGUCGGUGCUGACUGUGUUGGAGUGGAUAAAGGUAGAAGGAACCUUACAGGCAGGGUCAGCCGAAGUGACCUCAAAGUCAAUGACCGUGUCUGGUAAAAUUGACGUGUCCGGCGGAGGGUACCUGACCAAUCAGGGACCGGGAGCUGGACAGAGCCACAUUAAUGGGGCCAAUGGAGGAAGCCAUGGGUCAAGAGGGGGGCAGGGUUCAGCUCUGACAUCUGUUGCCAUGGCUACCAGUGAUAUCUAUAGCCGAGGUAGCUGGGGCAGUGGAGGAGGGUCGUCCCGGACCUCCAAUGGAGGAAGAGGAGGAGGGUAUCUACAUGUUGACACCCCCACUCUCACUCUGACUGGUCUUAUCAUGUGUGACGGAAAUAAUGCUGAGGGCGGUCAUGCUGGGGGUGGCAGUGGAGGGUCAGUAUAUCUGCAAAUAACCUCCAACCUGUAUAUGACUGGGCGGAUAGUCUGUAAUGGUGGGAGUGGGGCAGGGAAUGGUGGGGGAGGAUCCGGGGGGAGUGUCAAUGUCUUCUUUACCACAGGGCUGUAUCACAGCAACCUCGUGACCUCCAGAGGAGGAACAGGGUAUGAGCCUGGCGGACCAGGAAUGACCUAUUUCCAUGGCAACCAUGUGCGCAGCCUUCGAUUGGACAACAAAUGUCAGCGUCCAAGAGUCACGGAACCUGCCUCCACAUCCGCCAACCAAGCUCAGUUUGAGUCAUACAAAAGAAAUGGUGCUGUGGCCUUUCUGAUACCCAAGUAUGAUGGGUUUGUGUUUGACUUCACUCUGGUUGAGAUAUAUGGAGGGUCACAUUUGACCUUGGCGGGCAGCAAUGUGACCGUCCGGUCAAUCAAGGUCAUUGGAGAUGACACCGGCCACUUCCAUGUGGGACCCUAUCACACUCUUGAGCUAGUAGAGACAUCAGCGUACAGAAGAGCCAACAUGACCUAUCACCUGUUCCUGUAUGAGGGCGCCACAUGGAUUCUGCCGGAGGCGACUGUAGAGUUCCGGGAGGUCCUGGACGAAGCCGGCCGAGGAAUUAGGUCGGACGCCUGUCCCAGUGGGCUCCUCAACUCAAACUUUGUCAAAAUCUGGGGCACAGUCAUCGGAGACAAAGCCCACCUGCUGAUUGCAACAGGGAAAAAUGUGACUUUUGAGCUGGCUGCAACAAGAACGCUACAGUUUGCUAACACCACCAUUCAGGAGAACGGGGCCCUGAUCUUUAACACUCAGUCAGGGAACACAAGCGACUUUUUCAACAUCAAUGUCGGAAGUCCUUCAAAAGCAGGAAUUCUUACAAUCCAAGGAGGGGGGAAGCUAGUGGGGCGAAACCUACAUAUAACAGCUGACUACCUGAAAGUCCAUCGUACUGGUCUUCUCACUCUGACAGGAAGUGGAAGUAGUGAUGGUAAAGGUCAAGGGUCAUCAGGAAGUGGAGGUGGAUAUGGUGGAAAGGGUGGAGCCCAGAGUGUCAAUGGUUUACAUGAAGGCGUGGUAUAUGGAUCCCUGUAUAAUCCAGAUGAUUUUGGCAGUGGAGGAUCCGGUGCCACCGCCUCCUUCGGUUCUGGUGGUGGAGUGUUAAAGGUGAAGGUGCUCCACACCCUGGAGGUAGAGGGAGUCGUAGAGAGCAAUGGACAAGCCGGAUCCAGCACCAUUGGGGGAGGAUCUGGUGGGAGUGUCUGGAUUGAAACAAAGUCACUGACUGGAUCCGGAACUAUACAGGCAAAUGGAGGUCCCAGUUCCUCAAACCUUGGGGGCGGAGGAGGGGGGAGAAUAGCUGUACACUACAGAAAGAGGACCUGGUGGAGAGGCCACAUGAUGGCCCGCGGAGGGUCUAGCCCUGGGGCUAAUGGUGGGGCUGGAACCAUCUACCUACAGGAUACUUUACCAGACUUCCAGAACCGAACACUGGUCAUUGACAAUGGGGGACAAUCUGUGACCCCCAACCCCUCCACCACUACCCCAGAGAUGCUGUCUGGGUACAGUAGCUCUGUGUACGCCGCAGACCCAGGGAGAACCUGGAUUGUGGAUAACAACACCGGGUCAUUUGAGAUUCUCCAGCUCACUAGGUCGGCUCAUCUGGCUCUACAUCCGGAUCUUGUCAGCCCUUUCAACCUGAAGUCCUUCACCUUUGUUGGAGAUAGGACUGGAGUUUUACACGUAGGAUCCGGACAGGUAGUUGUGGUACAACAUCCAGAUGAUGCGGAGUUCCUGGUCAAUGUGUACGUCUACCAAGGGGGGACACUCAUCCUACCCGACUCCUUCAUGUGUCACGGGAUCAAUAUGCACAUAUGGGGUGUACUGGGAAUACAUGAGAUGAUUGUUGGAGAUGGAUGUAAACUGAAGCUGGGGGCCACAGGGUCAACAAGACAGGUCAACACCACAGGGACGGCGGGGGGAUAUGUGUUCCCUGUGCUGACGGUGAAGGCCGGGGGAGAGGUCACGGUGACAGAGGAUCUGGUACAGAGGGACAGCAAUCUGAGGAUGCAGGUUGGCAAGCUGAGGAUACACGGUGGUGGAUUUGUUCAUGCGGUACAUCUUAAUCUGAUGGUAGGGGAGAUGAUAGUGGAUGAUUUGGGUCGCGUGGUGGGGGAUACCCACUCUGUGCCCUGUGUGACGGGGGAAGGCGUGAAUGGUGCAGGGGCCUCAGGUGGUGGGCAUGGAGGUCGAGGUGGGCGAGGCACUGCGGUCAGAAAAAAUGGGUCUCCCCACGGACAGCUGUUUGACCCCGCAAACAGAGGCUGUAGGGGCGGACACAGUUCCAGUGAACAGGGGGGACAAGGGGGUGGAGUUAUUUUUCUUGAAGUCACAGGGUUUCUACAGAACGACGGAGAAAUCAGUGCCAAUGGAGCUAAGGGAGGCAACUCUGCAGGAGGCGGCAGUGGUGGAUCCAUAAAUAUGAGGAUUAACAUGAUAAAGGGUUUGGGCAAGAUCCAGGUGAUUGGAGGAGAUGGGGGCCCGGUGGUUAGUAGCGCUGGGGGAGGGGCAGGAUCAGGGGGGAGGAUCGCUAUGUUCUUUGCUGACAACAAAACAUACACCGGGUCGUUUGAUGCCUACGGAGGUCUGGGGCACAGCAUAGAGGGAAACGGCAGCCCAGGAACCAUCUACUUUUACCACACAGGCUAUAACCACUCUACACUCCUGUUGAACAACAAUAAUCGAGGCCCGCCGGGGGAUACCAAUGUGAUCACGGACUACUCCAAUCUAGAGGAAGACGUCGGCAAAGCCUGGUUCCUACCCCAGCAUGGCCAGCAUACACAAGCAGGUACAGAUUCCAGUUACCACUUCAACGAGCUCCAGAUCUACGGCAAGGCCCAGUUAGCUGUACUGACUAGUCCUCUCAACUCGGCCGCCAGUCUGGUGUUUGACAACAUGAUCGGAGACCGCAGUGGUGCCCUGCACAUUGGCAACAACCAGACCAUGGACCUUUACAGAGAGAAGAUAGACCUCCCAUUUAGCGUCCAUGUCUACAAUGGCGGUUUCCUGGGUCUGGCCCCAGAUACCUUUAUCCACAAUGUGGAAAUCUUCCUCAAUGGAACCCUAGCAAAUGUGGACAAUUUAACCAUUCACCGCGGUGGUAAAUUGUGGCUGAACAGGGAUGGGCACACAGAGGGAUUGGAUUACAGCACAUAUCGGUUUAGAUUUGUUCAUGUGAAGACUAAUGGUUACUUACAUAUGAUAUCUGAUCCAGUCCGUGAACCCAAUAUUUCAUUUUCUGUCACUAAACUUACCAUUGAUGGUGGGGGUUUGGUCAGAGGGACUUACAUGUAUAUCCAUGCACUGAACAUCAGCAUUGAUGCUGGCGGAAUUCUGAGUGCGGAUGGACUAGGUUAUGAAGUCAGUGAUGGACCACCCAAUGAUGUUUUUGGAUAUCCUAACAAAGGUCUGCAUGGAAUCAUCAAUGAAGGACGUGGGUACACAGGAACUACGUCAGGGUCAGGAGCGGGUCACGGGGGUAGUGGUGGGAGAGGGGAUGGCAAUGAUAAAGGUGGCUUGGCCUAUGGAGACUUGUAUGAGCCGGUGGUGUUUGGGAGUGCUGGUGGCAGUCAGACAGGUGGUGCCGGUGGCGGUCGGAUCUGGCUUAAUGUGACAGACACACUCCUACUGGACGGACUCCUCACUGCUAGUGGAGAGAACGGGGAGAGCUCCUCCGGUCAGGCUGGAGGGGGAGGAAGUGGUGGCAGUGUCUGGCUUCACUGUAACACAAUCACAGGCUAUGGAAUGAUUCUGACUCGAGGAGGAAAUGGUUCUCGAUAUAAUAAUGUCGGAGGAGGGGGAGGGGCGGGUGGUAGAAUAUCCAUGUACUUCAGGCAGAACAAGACUUUCAGCGAGUUCCGCUACCUGUCAAACGGAGGCUGGCCGGGUCUGGUGAGCGAGAUAAGUCGGAGUGAGAGCGGGGGGCCAGGCACAGUCUUCAUAUAUCACACUGGCUACGAUCACCGCACGCUGAUUGUUGACAACAAUGGAGCACCACUUCCUAAUCAGAAGUACGUCAACUGGGAGGACAAAGAAAGAGAUGGAGCUCGGGCCUGGAUACUUCCUAUCUCCGGUCUCAAUGACUUUGCCUAUGGGUCAUAUCAGUUCACCUUUGAGGAGUUGCAGAUUUACGGCAAUGCCCACCUGGCUUUUCAUCCUCCCAUUGUCCUUCCGUCUACUGAUGUAUAUAACCCUGCUGCCGGUCCAUCACAAGGGAUCGGUCUUAUGAAUGGCUACAACCUGACUGUGUUCUUCAAGUACAUGAUUGGGGAUAGAACUGGCUCAGUGCAUAUAGCAGGAGGACAGAUCUUGGAUUUAGAGAGGGACGAGAUCGAUUUGCCUUUUAACUGCUACGUGUACAGGGGAGGUUAUCUGGGCCUUGCUGAUAUGACAUUUGUCCAUGGAGUCGAGAUACACCUCAGUGGGGUGCUGGCUAACGUGGAGAACCUCACACUUCACCAUGGUGGCUACCUCUGGCUCAAAGAUGGGGGCCACACCCUGAGUGAGCCAGAUAGCCAGUAUAUGUUUGAAUUUGUCAGGAUUCAAGAUGAAGGAAUAGUAAAUGCCACCACAGAUCCGGUGGAAGACGAGGGUAUAACCUUCUUCACAAGAUCCAUUUCUGUGGAGGGAGGUGGAGUGCUCCACGGAACACACAUGACUUUCCACACAGAGAAUAUAACAAUCGAUGCUGGAGGACUGAUCACCUCAGAGGGCCUGGGCUACAGGUCUAAUCACAUAUCAGUCUUGCAUGACCGAUUAUCAGUCCAUGGACCAGUGAACCCUGGUAGACCACCAAGCGCUGAAGGAGUGGGUGCAGGUGGGGGUCAUGGUGGAUCAGGGGGUCACAGUGGGGGCACCAAUAGCAGGUCUGGAUUUGCUUGCGGAAACAUCUAUGAGCCCGAUCGGAUUGGAAGCUCCGGAGGUUUUGGAGCUCAAGGAGCCCUAGGAGGAUCAGGAGGGGGGCUGAUGUGGAUGAAUGUGACAAACACUAUCUAUAUUGAUGGAGAACUGAGUGCUAGAGGUGGAGAUGCUGAUAUGAAAGGUGGAGGAGGUGGAUCAGGUGGGAGUAUCUGGCUGUUCUGUCGAACCAUCACAGGAUAUGGUAAGAUCACCGCUCACGGGGGAGACGGAAGUAAGAGCAGCACCAGCCCCGGGGGUGGAGGGGCAGGGGGCAGGAUCGCAAUGUACUUCAUGAUCAAUGAGACCUUCACCAGUUUUAGCUAUGAAGCCUUUGGUGGGAAGGCUGGCAAUGCAAUAGUUUCUGAAAAUGGAGGUGGAGGAACAGUCUUCAUAUACCACAUGUGGGAAAAUCACACCACACUCCUGAUUGACAAUGGAGGGAGAAAACCAAGAGACGAACUGAACGUCAUCAAAGAUUACAAUAACUUGCAGACAGACAGUUGUAGAACCUGGAUUCUGCCUGAGUCCGGUACUCACUACUUUGCAGGUGGUGGCUACAAGUACUACUUCAAUGAGCUGCAGAUCUACGGUGAUGCCCACCUAGCCAUUCUACCUGAGCCUGUUGGUACCCCGGUCGAUGUGUUUUUCCUUUAUAUGAUUGGAGACAGAAGUGGAACUGUGCAUCUGUCAGAUAAACAGGUGAUGGACCUAGAGCGACCAGAGAUAGACCUACCCUUUAGCGUGCGUGCAUACGCUGGGUCUUACAUUGGCUUGGCUCCCUUCACUAUUAUCCACGAUGUCAGCAUCUGGCUGCACGGAUCCUUAGACCACGUGGAAAAUAUUACUCUGCAUCACAAUGGUCUGCUUUCAUUGGAGUAUGGAGGCCACACCGAGGGACUGGAGGCCAGUCAUUUUGAGUUCAGGUUCGUGCGGAUUCAGCAUAAUUCCACCAUCUGGGCCAUCACAGACCCGGUCACUGAGAUAGGGAUUAACUACAGGGUGGAUCAUACCAUGUUCAUAGAGGGUGGAGGGACAUUCAGGGGGGCCAAUGUUACCAUUGAGGCCCACAAUAUCAUCAUUGACUGCAGGGGAACUCUGAUAGCUGAUGGCUUGGGUUACAGACCUAAGGACACACCCAGUGCCUUAGUCAACCUGGGAAUUGGACAAACAGCACCAGGUGGUUCCUCAGGCGGAGGCCAUGGUGGUACCAGUGGGCGUGGAGGAGGCACAGAGCUCACAGGACAGAGUUAUGGACACCUAUACCAGCCCUACGCCUUUGGGAGUGCUGGGGGUGGAGGGCAGGGUGUGGGGGGUGCAGGAGGGGGGAUGCUAUGGCUCAAUGUUACAAACAUGAUAGAGAUAGACGGAGAGCUGCGCAGUGAUGGACAGGAUGCUGUGGGGGACGGUGGAGGGGGUGGGUCCGGGGGAAGCAUCUGGAUGUACUGCCGAGUAUUCAGGGGCCAAGGGAAUGUUACGGCCAGUGGGGGAAAUGGCAGACUGACAGGAGGGGGAGGGGCAGCAGGGAGGAUCGCUAUCUACUUCUACAUCAAUGACACUUACCUGGGGUCAUACCGGGCUCAUGGCGGCAAAUCAGGGUCAGGGUCUAACUCAGAGCCCGGGGGCCCAGGCACAGUGUUCCUAUACCACCAGGAAUACAAGCACCGCACUCUGUACGUUAACAACGACAACCUGGUCAGCAAUCAUGUGAAAACCAUCAGAGACUACUCCGAACUCUCCAAAGACAGCUUCAAAGCUUGGAUCCACCCAGACGCCGGGAAACACUGGCUUGCUCUGGGUAACUUUGAUUUCCGGUUCGAGGAACUGCAGAUCUAUGGCAAUGCUCAUAUGGCUGUGCUACCUAAACCGGUCACUAAGGGAAGCAAUCUACACUUCCUGCACAUGAUUGGAGAUAGAACCGGAUUCAUCCAUGUGGGACCAAAUCAGGUUAUGGACUUGAGGAGAACAUUUUUGGACACCCCAUUCAGCUCUUAUGUGUAUGAAGGUGGGUACCUAGGUCUGGCCCCUGACACUAAUUUGGAGAAGGUUUUUGCCCAUGUAGAAGGGACAGUCGAUCACAUCGUGAACCUGACCCUCAUUGCUGGGGGAGAAUUGAGGCUGUUCCUGACCGGAUCCACCAACAGAAGGCCGCGACUGAACUACCACAUCAACGGCACCACUGUUAUAAAGGCGGCGUCUUCCAUCAACUGUUCCAGUCCCAGGGCUCACAGCGAAAAGUACAACCUGGUUUUGAAUACUGUGGUGGUAGAGGGCGGUGGAGCCAUCAGAGGAAGCUACAUCCACAUCGAAGCCAUGGACCUCACCAUGGAUGAUGGAGGGGAAAUAGACGUCAGCAAUGGCGGUCAUCCACCUGACCAGGGACAAAGUCCAGGCGUUUGGCACAGACUUGGAGCCAGUGGGGCCUCCCACGGGGGUUUAGGAGGUGCAGGUGCCUGUGGUGGGUUUGUGACGUGUCGACUGAAACGGAACCUUCCCUAUGGUAGUGUCUACAUCCCUGCUGCGUUUGGUAGUGGGGGAUCGGGACCCCUUGGAGGAUCAGGCGGUGGAAUCCUGGAACUGAACAUUGACCACACCCUGACGGUGGAUGGUUACAUCAAAGCCAACAGUGAGAAUGUGCGGGGUGUGACUAACUGGUACUCAGCCAGUGGGGGGUCAGGAGGCAGUAUACACAUCACCACGGUCAACUAUACAGGAAGUCAUACAGGAGCAAUCCAGGCCUAUGGAGGAAUGGCCGAUCCCAGCGUGGGGGGUGGGGGUUCUGGAGGUCGCAUCGCUCUCUACCAGUCCUCCCAUCACACAAUCCCUCCGUACAGGGGUGUGUACAAUGUACAUGGGGGACAGGGAAACCCCACAACGGGGGCAGAACCUGGGGCGUCAGGAACAGUGUAUAUCGAGGACCCAAUCACGGGAGUCAGUUCUCUGCUUGUGGAUAACAAUGGACGGAAACAGAGGGCCGAGAAGUCGGAGAUUCCUAACGACGGCCGGAGGUUGGAUCUUGGAACUGACGAGGCAGGGUAUCACCGCGGUUCAUCCUUCAUGUCUCGUGCAGGCCACAGGAUCCAGUCAUCAGUGGCUACUUAUGUUUCAAUUCCAUACCGUAACUGUGAGAACUAUGACUCUUCUUCCCAUGUACUGAUGAAUCUGUUUGACCAGACACUUGCGGCAGAGAAACACCAGUAUUACACGGCUGACUCGGGGUCGGCUACCAUCACCAUAAGACUUGCCAACAACAUCACUUUUGUCAACCAUCUCAAGAUCUAUCCUGAAUCUAGAUUCCCAACAAAGUUCAAGGUAACUGGUUACUAUGGUCCCGUUCCCUUCGUUGUGACCCCAGGUUACGUAUACCCCCGCAGUCCCAUCCUCCAGGGGUCAUACCUCCGCCUCCCUGUGAUGCGGAGAGCCACCUCCUUUGUUAUUGAGAUGGUCACCACCAGCCCCAGUAGGUGGUCCUGCUGGAACCGAGCCAGUCUGUCAGAGAUUGAAAUCUUCGCAGAUGGGCAGAACGAGGAAGACAGAUAUCGGUAUCUUGAACUGAAUGGAGCGAGUACAUGGGCCUUCACCGAGUCUGCCCACCCAGACUACUGCCUGUCCAGACUGACCAUACAGGGGGGUGCCCACCUAGCCUUCCUGUCCCACACCAGCCUCACGACCCCCGUACAGGUCUACUCAGGCAGGGUGGUCAGUGACAAAACAGGUUGGAUUCAUGUGGGGUACGCCCAGAAGUUGACGGUGAAUCAGACGGAUGCCGAUGUUCCGUUCAAUGCCCACGUGUAUGAGGGGGGACAGGCAGUGUAUCCUCCCCGCACAUUCUUCUAUAAAACCCAACUCCACAACUCAGGGGAGGUCACUGGUAUAGAGGAUAUAUAUGUGUUUGAUGGGGGGGUUGUCACCGUGGACACCAAUGGUAGCAUAGGAACAGCCAAUCAGAAAGCCCACAUCUCUCUGAAGUCGCUCCAUGUCCAGGACAAGGGGACGUUCCAAAUGAAGACCUAUACCCCACAGAACCAGUUCACAAUGGUCGCCACAAAUAUCACUGUUUACGGUGGAGGACAUUUCUGGAUCAACUCCGGGAUCCAGAUCCAGACCCACCACCUCCUGGCCGUGUUCUCUGGGGGACUCAUCAACCUGGACGGCUCUGGGUACAGGGACCACAGUCUCAGCCAUCCAUGUUACGGCACAGGUGAUUUGGUAGGAGGCAGUGGUGCUGGUCACGGUGGUUCCGGAGGUAGGGCGGCCUCCAGUCAGACGGUGGGGCUGGGCUACGACUCCAUGUACACCCCCACAACCUACGGCUGUCCAGGAGGCUAUGGAAAGCUUAGGGACCACCUGUUCUUUGGAGAUGAACCGUACGGUAAUGAAGUUGUAGACGGUAUCAUUGGUGGUAGUGGUGGUGGUCGUAUCGCCAUCAGAAGCCGCCAUGUGGACAUUGAUGGGGAGAUUUCAGUGGACGGUAACCCUCCAGAUAGCAGGACAGGGCAGGGAGCAGGUGGUGGAUCGGGAGGGAGUAUCUGGAUCGUGUGUGAGGAGAUAGUUGGACACGGUCUGCUGACCGCCAUAGGGGGUGAAGGAAACAAGGACAGCACAGUACAGGGGGGUGGGGGCGCUGGAGGAAGGAUCUCCAUACAGAGCAGGAACAUCAACAAACUCAACAUCACCCUGCAGGCUUACGGAGGCACCAGUACGUUGGAGACUGGGGGAGCAGGGACAGUCUAUGUGGAACUCUCCAACUCUAGCGGCACCAUCCUCCACAGAAAAAUCUACGUGGACAACAAUGGCCACCCGUACCCCAGAAGUAGUGACCUCACUCAGGGGAGCCUCAGAAACCUGCUCAACGGCUCCUACGAUGACAUCAGUGAAGUGGGUGGAGUCACUUGGCUGUACCACAACGACACAGAGUACUUUUUCAACACCAUGACGAUAUCGGGCAAUGCCCAUGUGGCUAUUUUAAGCAACACAUCCAGUCAGGAUAUCAAUAUCUAUGGAAUCAAGUUGUACGGAGAUAGGUCUGGGGUGCUCCACUGCGGCAGGAGACAGAGAUAUGGAUUCGAGGACAUUGAUAUCUACAUGCCUGUUAACAUCAUGGCCUACAGAUACAGCACUCUGGAAAUCCCUCGCAGAAUAACCAUGCGAGAUGUGUGGGCGGAGCUUAAUGCUACGCUUAUUGGAAUUGAUGAGGUCGUGGUAGAAAACAAUGGCGAGUUGUACAUCUGGUCUUACGCCAACACCAUCGGUUUCCCAGAAGGCACCAUCAAUGUCACCAACAUCACCAUCAGAGCGGGCGGAAAGUUUGAACCCCUGACGGCAGAGAAGCGAAUGAGACUUGAAGUGGUCAGGGUGAUCGUCAAUGGAAAGGGUUACCUGCGUACCAACAACCUUGAACUUCAUUCUACAAAUGUGACCAUUGAUCUCUCAGGGGAUUUCCAUGCAGACUUUACAGGGUACACCAGCAGCAGUGGACCUGGGGCUGGUCUCCCACAGACACAACAGCUCGGGGGGUCAGGCGCAGGUCACGGGGGUAGAGGGGGCAGGUCCAAGUGGGCCUACUACUCUGCCUACUCCUACGACUCUCUGUACCUCCCUGAUCAGAUGGGGUCUGGGGGAGGCACCGGCAAGGACGGGCAAGGAGGAAGGGGAGGAGGAGUCAUCCACAUGUAUAUUUCUGAUGAACUUCGAGUAGAAGGUCGUCUCCAUGCCAACGGUGAAUCUGGGGGUGGAUGGACGGGAGGCGGUGGAUCAGGGGGGAGUAUUCUGGUCUACGUUAGUCACUUGGAUGGAGAGGGAAGCAUUGAAGCCACAGGGGGCAGGGGAGCAUCCAGUAAUGGUGGAGGAGGUGCCGGUGGUAGAAUCGCCAUCUACCACUCCAGAGAACACCACUACACUGGUCAGUUUCUGAUCCACGGAGGAUACGGCUCCCAGGUCUAUGGUGGAGCAGGAACCGUCUAUCUCAACGACAGCUCAGUCUCAAAUCUCAGCAACAUCUCAUCCCUGAUCUCACCUAGAACCAGACUGAUUGUAGACAAUGGAGGAUUUAGCCGCAGUGAGAGAAUCAGGGAGGUGGAGAAGCUUUCUCUGUAUGCUCCACAUUCAGGAAGCUCCACUUCCUACACUGCCUACCACCCUUUCCAGUUCAGUGUGGACAGGGCCAUGUCGACUAGUUCUUACCCACUGAAUAGACUGACUGAUGGCUCUCCCAAUUCCUUUUUCGUUGUCAGUGCAAAGGAAUCCACUCUUACUGUGACAGUCCCAGACAACAGUUUUUUGGAUCAUCUGAAAGUUUUCCCCUUUUGUGAUAACUACUGGUCCUCUGGACGGAUUUCACUGGUAUCAUACUAUCAGGUGGUGGCUUUCUACAAUGGUACAGAAAAAGACCUGACAGGGGGAUUUGUGACCACAGAGAAAUGUCAGACUGGGCAGUAUGGGAAGGUCAGGGUCAAUCAACUUGUAGAUCAGUUGAGGAUUUUUCUGCGUGGAGUGGGCAGUGUGUCAGGGUUGGGGGAGAUAGAGUUUUACAUCAGAGAAGAUCCGGACUCCACGGCACAGACCCCCUACACCAACUCCCCAACCGCAGCGGUCAUCAUUCAUCCGACGGACCAGAGGACGGUGUAUGAGUUCACUAAGCUGGAAAUCAAAGGUGGAGCUGCUUUGGACAUGGAAGGGGAAGAUGUCAAGGUCGUAGCUCAUCAGGUUGCCGGGGACAACACAGGUCGUGCUGUGGUUCAUCGCACACAAUCUUUCAACCUCACCCAGGAUAGAGCGCUGAUGGAGUUUGCUGUCGUUUCUCAGAGGGAGUCCUUUGUACAACUUCCUCCAAAGACCGACUGCAGAAAAAUUGAUUUCAUCAUUAAAGGCCCCUUUGCCACAAUGGACAACCUGACAGUGAAUGCUCUCUGUAAUUUUACGAUCGAUCACCACCGCCCAAUGGUGAACCGUAUCGACAGACUGGACAUCAAGACGUUUGGUCACAUGUUAGUGGUCACUGACAGGGAGGCCACCACAACACUCCAGGGAACCACCCUCACUGUCAGAAGUGGGGCUUCGCUCCUGUCCAAUGACCUUGACCUGAAGUAUGUGAACAUCACUGUGGAGCCCUAUGGAGUUCUCAGCUCUGACAGAGGGGUGCCAGAGUUUGAGGCAACCAAAGGGCCUGGUUAUGGAGUUGGUAGUCGCAGUGGUUCCUCUGGUGGAGGUCAUGCGGGUAAUGGUGGACAGGGUCAAGGACAAACAGACGUAGGGUCAGGUCAUGGGUCAUAUCUCUAUCCACAAUCCUUCGGCAAGAAUGGAGGACAUGCCUUCUUUCCACACCAAGGAGGGAAAGGAGGUGGACGGAUGCUACUGAACGUCAGCCAUACGCUGACUGUCGAUGGUCAGCUGACAGCAAGGGGAGGGAACUCAGAGUCAGUACAGGCUGGAGGUGGUAGUGGUGGCAGCAUCAUGAUCCACACCUAUACAGUGGAUGGAGAUGGACUUGUCUCUGUGGCAGGCGGUAGUGGUCAUGCCCAGAGUGCACCACAUGGUGGUGGUGGUGGCGGGGGGAGAAUGGCUCUCUACUAUCAUUACAAUUUCUUUGUAGGAACUCUAAGAGGAGAAGGGGGACCAGGUGGGACACAGGCGGAACCGGGGGGCCCUGGUACCAUAUACCUGUAUAAACUCCCACUCCUAGACAGCAGUGGGAAAGUUCCAGCUGGCUUCAUCACCAACAGAACUCUCCACGUGGAUAACCAGAACCAGGGACCAAGAGACCCCUUCAGGAACCUCACCUCUGCCUACACCAGGUAUAACCAGAGCAGUGCCAUGACCUGGCUGAUCCCUUCGGGGUACCCUUCCUUUGUACCUGAGAUCCAGUCAACAACAGAAAUCACACUGGAUGAACUGCAGAUUUACAGACAGGCACAGCUAGCCAUUCUAAACCCGAGCAACCCUACCCAGAGAAUCAACAUUUCUGUGGUCAUGAUCGAGGGAGAUAGGAGUGGACACCUGCAUGUUGGCUUUAACCAGUCUCUGUGGAUCGGGAGUGGUCAGAUUCCGAACCAUCUGUCUCUGUACCACGGAGCAGAUACCACCCUCCAGGGAGAGUUGAGGGUCGCCGGGGUCAAUGUCAUGGUGGAGGGAGUGGUCAACAAUGUGGAAAAUCUGACCGUUGUGGAUGGAGGUACUUUGAGGGUUUAUGAAAUGAUGAACACAAACUUCAGAAGAGUGGAUGAAAUCAAGUUCCUCGCCCUGGAUAUCCGCAAUCGUGGGAACCUGACCAUGAACAAUGGAGAGGAGGAUCAUGUGUUGACAGGGCAGAAUUUACGUGUGUAUCCAGGGGGGUCACUGAAGGCCAAAAGGUUAAAGGUCAAUGCUAAAACAAUGAUCAUAGAUGUUCUGGGAGAGGUAGAUGCCGAUGAUAUGGGAUACUGCUCAGAUAAAGGGCCUGGUAAGGGAUACACCAUUGGUCAGUAUGGUACAGGGGGUAGUUAUGGAGGGGAGGGUGGGGCUGAGAGUGCCUCCCAUCCCGCCUCUCCAGCGUACGGGUCAUUCAGCAAGCCCUCAGACUUUGGCAGUGGAGGAGGAACAGGAAAUGGAUAUAAAGGUGGUUGUGGUGGUGGAAUCUUGACCUUUAACCUCUCUGAGGAAAUGAAGGUGGAUGGUGUUCUGAGAGCCAGUGGGCAGGCUGCGGCUCACUCGGGGUUCUCCAGUGGUGGAUCAGGAGGAAGCAUUUAUAUCACCACCUACCACUUCGAUGGUUCUGGCCAGGUCCAGGUGAUGGGAGGUUCUGGUCGUAAUGGAGGAGGGGGUGGUCGUGUGGGAAUCGUGUACAACAUCACCAGCUACACUGGGGAGUUCCGCUCUAACGGUGGGAUGGGCACCCUGGGAGAGAAUGGGGCCGCAGGGACAGUGUACCUCAACAAUGUCCAGUCCCAGCCGGAGAGGAAACUGGUCAUCUACAACCAGGGAGGAUCAGGGAGUCGUAAAACGAGGAUCACCAUCCCCGAGGAGAAGACAUCGGAGCAUGACCUAGAUACUCUGGACCUCGGAAACCAUGCUGAGGUUGGUCUCCUAGCAACAGAUUCAGGGGGCCUGCCCACCACGGGACAGAGGGACCUGACUCUGACUAAGGUGGCCGGUGACCACACGGCAGUCAUCCAUGUGGAACCACUCAUGUGGCUCAACAUAGACUUCAACUCCACCACAGUCCUCACCUUUGAUGUCAAACUGUACCAGAAUGCCACAGUGAACCUUCCCUACGACACAUACCUGCGUGACUGCCGCAUCACAUUGUACGGGGGACUUCUCCGCGGUGUGGCAACACUCAACAUCUCAUUGGACGGAAGCUUCACUGUGUAUCCCCCCGCUCGUCUUAACAACUCACGGUCCAGCAGGAAUGACUUUGUGAUGGACAGCAUCACUAUUCUGGAUGGAGGGUUGUUCAGUUUCAUGGGAACUGCCAAAGAAAACAAUAAAUUGAAUGUCACCCUGACUGGUAGUCUGCACAUUCAGGGAGGGGGAGAGUUCAGGACCAACAAUGUCUACCUUCAAGCUGUCAACAUCACACUUGACACAGAUGGUGUGCUAAACACAACAGGGCGGGGAUACCAGCCCGGCUUAGGCAAGGCUGCGGGGGUCGCUGACCCAAGGGGUGGAUCUGGUGGUACCCACGGUGGGCUGGGUGGAACUGGGAGCCAUGCUUUGUAUGCAGCACCAGCCUAUGGUCGAUAUCGGUCAGCCACAGAGUAUGGAAGUGGAGGAUCCUUUAUCUCAAACAAUCAAGUUGGAAGUGAAGGAGGAGGGAUAGUGCAUCUGAGAGCCCUACAUAAGAUGGAGAUAGAUGGUCUGAUCCUGGGGGAUGGAGCCACGGCAAUGUCCCCAAGAGCUGGAGGGGGAUCGGGUGGAAGCAUCUUGUUAGAAACUCCCCAUUUCCUAGGUACGGGUGUGGUUUCUGCCAGUGGCGGUGAUGGACCCUGUGUGUCCCACUGUCAUCUGUGUGACCGCGAGCGGCGGUGUCUCCAGUGUACAGAUGGCUAUUACUGGGUUGGGUACAACUGUGUGCCCUCCUGUGCAAGCCGCAACAACCAGUGCUGUGACAGGAACAGGUUUGUGGCAACCUGCGCAGCAGAUGCCACAAGCAGCACCACUGAAUGUAACGCUGUGCGGAGUAACUGUUACUCUAUUUGGUGGGCAAAGUGGGCAUAUUACUGUGGUUCUGUGGGAAGAUAUUGCUCCUCAGAGACCAAUCCAAGCAAAAUGGAGCUUGGAGGUGGGGGAGGAGGAGGAAGAAUCUCCGUCUAUGUGACCAGCUCCAAUGGAUUCCGCGGGAAGUAUCAGACAUACGGUGGGAGGAGCCAGUCGGAGCAGGGUGGUUCGGGAACUGUGUUUGUGAGUGCUCCGGACAGUGUAAACAACACGGUGGUCACUGUGUAUGUUGACAACAAUGGUUAUAAACCGCUUAGUCCAUAUCUACCUGAAGACAGGAUGAAGGACAGCAUGAGGACCUACAUUGUGUCCUAUCCCGAGGACCUCGAGGUCUCCAUCGAUGAGCUCUACAUCACAGGAGGAGGGCACCUUGCAUUCUCCCAGGAGGUUUCUAGGAAUGACAGCAUGAUAACAAUAGGAAACAUCCACGGUGACAGGUCGGGCAUGCUGCACACAUCCCCGGAGCAGGCCAUCACUAUACAGGAGGGGGACGUCCCCUUCCCUGCAGCCGUCAGGGUGUAUGAGAGGUCCCAGGUCAUUCUGCCUAGUGAGGUGCAGUUGGUAGAUCUGUCUUACAAGACAUUUAUUAUGGACGGAGGACUCGGGGGUGUGGAAAAUCUACAGAUCGGCCGGGGCGUCAACCUCUUGUUGGGACCCCAGGGACAUUCUAUUGGUCUCCCAGACAGAGUGUUUUCCUUCAACAACAUCCAGAUCUUUGCGGAUGGCAAAAUGUCCUCAGAUUUUGAGGACGAAUUCAACCCAUCCCUAAGUCUUAAUUUAUCAGAUGCUCUGCUCCUAAAAGCAGGCAGCACGAUCACUGUCCCUUGGUUGAAUGUGAUCUCUGAUAGAGUACAAAUAGAUGCCGCUGGGGUGAUAGACACUGGAGGACGGGCUCUCAAUGGAAUCCCCCAAAAUGCACCUGACUCACCUGCUGCAGGUGGGGGAGGUGGAGGGGGUGGGGCCGCCGGAGGUCAAGGGUCAAACCAACCUGUAGUAGGAGCCCCUUCUAACUACGGGUCAAUGUAUAACCCCAGAGAAUUUGGAGGAAAUGGUGGAUCAGCGGGAGGACUGGCCUCCACCUGUACCCCCGUCGCCAGUCAGAGAGGGGGGCGAGGAGGAGGGAUCAUCCAGAUACAGGCCAGGGAAGUCCUGCUGGACGGACAGCUCAAGAGUGAUGGUAAAUCAGGAUCCGGUGGGAGGGCAGGGGGUGGUGCAGGAGGCGGUGUAUCUAUUGUCACUGGCAAACUGAAGGGGAGUGGUGUCAUCGAUGUACAAGGUGGUGCUGUGGUGAAUCCUGGCUCCACUAAUUGUCCGGGAGGGGGAGGUGGAGGUGGAAGAGUCGCCAUUUACUAUGAAGACAAUCUGUUCACGGGAUCCAUCUUCUCCCAUGGUGGAAGGGGUGGAUACGAGUGUGGUGGGGCUGGCACUGUGUUGCAUAGAAACCUGGUUACAAAGGAAGAUAAACUUGUGGUGGAUAACAACAACUUGUGCUCACCCAGGGAACCCAAAAUAGACUUUGGGAUUUUGGGUGACAUUCAUCGAGGGGAGCACAGCUUUCACACCUGGCUGUAUGACCCCGCCGGGAGCCACACCCAUAACUUCAGCCAGAUCUACCUGUCUGGGUGGGCCCACCUGGCUCUCCACCGCAGGAACAUAGACAGCUUCACACAAAACGUCAUCAUCGCCAAGACGUCCGGAGACAAGAGUGGAAUGUUCCACAUCGGGCCACAACAGGAGCUGUUAGCUGAACUACCUGCGGACAGCCCUGACCUCCAGUUUGGCCUGCAGAUCUACCCCGGUGGAGUGAUGUCUGCCGAGCAGUAUCUGUUUGUCAACAACAUCACCAUAGAGCUGGAGGGGACACUGACGGGGGUAGAGAACCUUGUCAUUGGACCGCGGGGAAAAGUGAUACUCAAACCAUUUGGGAACAGCAGCAUAAUCCGAGAGAAGGAAAUAACUUUUACCAGUGUCAAGGUGGAGGGAGGGGGAGUGCUGGAGAUUAACAGUAACGGGAAGGGCAUGGUACUGAGGGGUGGUACCCUGGAGGUACAGAGUGGUGGCGAGGUCGUGGUGGACAGGAUAGACAUACAGGUGUCUCGUCUCAUUGUGGACAGCUCCGCCCACAUCCACGCUGAUGGAAAGGCACUGUCAUUCGGUGGAGGAAUUGGAGUGGGGUACAAUGGGGCGGGGGCAGGACAUGGUGGAAUGGGAGGGAGAGGAACCACCUCCCACCACGGCGGCUACUUCUAUGGAGAUGUAAAGGACCCAAAAGAUGCUGGCAGUGAUGCUAUAUUUGACCCUGGGUUUUCUACCAGUAAACCUGUGGUAUUACCAGGUGGUGGAGUCAUAAAGAUCAAUGCUACCACAUCAGCUACCAUCAAUGGAAUCAUCAGUUGUAAUGGUGCCUCUGCCCAAGAUAGAACAGGUGGAGCCAGUGGAGGCAGUCUGUGGUUACACACCAGAGAACUGUACGGAUCAGGAACUCUUCAAGUCAAUGGUGGAAAUGGUCUUUCUAGCACUGGUGGAGGUGGGGGUGGCAGACUGGCUGUGAGGUACACAGUAGAGGAGUGGACCGGAUCUUUUGAGGCAUACGGAGGAACCUCCAUUAGUGGAUACGGAGGAGCUGGAACCAUCUACAUUGAAAGUGGCUCAAAAACAAAGAUCAUUAUCGCUAACAAAGUGGCAUUCACCAUUAAGGAUGAUAUUAUCAACAUUGACAAAGACACCGUUUCUCGCUAUGAAAGCAGCCGUUCAUGGCUCACUUUCAGAUACAGUAGAACCAUAUCCGUGGAUGAACUGUUUUUGCUGAAUGGAGCUCAUUUAGCACUGGAGCCUAGCAUUUCUGCCUCUAUCACGUAUACAUUACAAGCGCAGAUCAUAUACGGAAGUGGAUUUAUUCAAGACAGCUCAAAACUUGGAACUCUUCACGUGGGACCCAAUCAGGAGAUUGUUGUCAAGCAGUCGUCACUCUACAUGGCAGCCAAUAUCAGAAUUUAUGAAGGUGGACAAAUGACCUUGCCCUCAUCUUCCAAAUGGAUCAAUGCCAGGAACAUCAUCAAUGGAACCCUAGGGGGUGUUUCCGAGGUCACACUCUUGAAUUCUAUGAUAAGACUAGGGCCUACGAGUCAGACUAAAGGGAUGACUUCUCCUGCCAAGUACAAGUUCAGUGCAGUUUCCAUUAUGGCCGACAGUGCUCUUCAGUCGAUUGGUGAAAACACAGUGUAUGUCUUUUCCUUUGAUAAGCUGUACAUUGCAGCCACAGGAGCGAUUGUAGGCUCAAGAAUCACCUUGGAAACCACAAAAGUGGAGAUAGAAGAAGGGGGACAACUCAAUCUGGAUGCUGGAUGUAAUCUGAAUGCUGGGAAAGGUCUGUCCUCCAGUGAUGAGGGGGCCAGUCAUGGUGGAGAGGGGGGUCGAAUUACCUCUUCUACUGCUCAGGCCUACGACAACUUCCUGACCCCCACAGAGCCUGGGUCAGGCUCCAGUAAAGCCAGGGGUGGGGGAGUUCUACACCUCUCCACACAGAGCCUUGUUCUUAGAGGAACCAUUUCAGCCAAGGGAGGGAACUCUUUGAGCAAUGCUGGGGGAGCAUCAGGUGGAAGUGUGUGGAUUCAGGUGUCAGCUGACAUUAGUAUCAGGGGUGAAGUCAGUGUGAACGGUGGAUCCAGUCAGAAGUUUGGGGGUGGGGGUGGUAUCAUCUCCAUCUCCUACCGCUCAGGUUUUGUGGACAUGGCUGGACUGACAGCCUAUGGCGGGUCUGGUGGUGAAAGGGGCGGGGCAGCAGGACCCAUAACUCUGACCCAGGGAGACUCAUUCACAAAAUACACACAGGUUAUAUUAAAGAACAGCCAUGCAACCCCUGCACUGUCCCAUUUGCCUACCCCAGACUAUAUAAUUCUUGUAAACAUAGACCUCAUAGUGGUAGAGGGCAGUGUUAAUUUUGGUUUUGGGCCCCGUGGCUCAGGAAAGCCCAGGAUUCAGGCUAAAGUGGGCCACAUCCAGGGCGGUGUGGACUCCAUGCUGAAUGUCUAUGACGGACAGGUCCUUUAUCUGUCCACUCAGUCAGCUUCCCUGGAGUCCGACCUGAGUCUACCCACCUCUGUCUAUGUACACGAGGGAGGGCUCAUAGAGCUGCCUGAGGAAGUACUCAUUGAGAAAUACUACACUCUAGAGCUUUGUGGGGGAUUGUUGGAGAAAACCCAGAAUCUGACGGUCAGGAAUUACGGGGCUCUGAUCAUUGGGCCUCCUGCUGGCAGCUUUGUGUCCACCACCACUAAUGACCCGAACACACUAAAGCUGACCACCCUGACUAUAGACUACAAUGGUAGACUGGUCAGCAGCUCCAAGUGUCAGAGUUCCUCGACAAAGACAACCCUUGAUCUGACUGUCCUCAAUGUUUUGGAAGAGUUCACUUUGGACGCCACUCAUUUUGCCUUAACUCCAGGAAAAAACGUCACCAAUUACCUUUAUCCGUCACUUAAUGCCACCUGCUCUGAAUCGGACAUGUAUGUGUAUAGAAACACAAACUGCACUCUGGAGCCAGGAUAUUAUGAAUUUGGAUCCAUUACCAUAGAACCCGGCGGUGUACUAUACAUUGAAGGAGAUUCCCAAGGACUAUCUACAACCACAGUCAGUGCUUCAGUGAUAGAUGUGAAAUCUGGAGGAUACAUUCGAGGAGUUGGGAGUGGAUAUCAGAGUGGUGGACCAGGCCAAGCCAAUGCCACUAACCAAGGAGCCAGUCAUGGUGGAGGAUCAGGGAAUCCAGUUAAUCCAUAUGGUUCAAUCAGUGAUCCAGUCUCAUUCGGAAGUAAUGGGUACGGAGCAACACCCACCAGAGGGCGAGGUGGAGGACAAAUUAAGCUGGUGGUUGGGGAAGUGUUGAGCCUCAAUGGAGACAUUGAUAUGAGUGGACAAGGCUCCUCCACUUCAGGGGGAAGUGGAGGGAGCAUCCUAGUGAACACAAGAGUCCUGUCUGGAAGUGGCAGGAUGUUGGUUGAGGGAGGGUCAGGAGGAGGAGGGGGUGGUAGGAUAUCAGUGACCGUCAAUGACACGUACCAGUUUACAGGGGUGCUGUCUGCUGCAGGGGACCCAAACAGCCAAGCAUCAGCAGGUACAAUAUUUGUGCAAACAAAAACCAACACUGGUCAAUUCAAAAGUGAAUUGAUCAUAUCUGGAAAAGGAGGAAAAACUAUCAUACAAGGUCAAACACUACCCAACCCAAUAGGAAAACUGACAGUGAAGAAAGAUGCCAAUGUAGAACUUCAGCAAUCCAUCAGAAUUGAAACUCUUGAAUCAGACAACACAGGUACACUAACAAUUAGUGGCCCAGCUCAGGUGAAUAUCAGUGCUUCUGAAGAUUUGAAAUUGGGCACCCAAUGCAACAUUAGAAUAAAUAAGGAUGCAGGUCUAGUCUUCACUGGUGAUGUUUUGGUGUCUGGAAACAAUCCAGAACUGAUUGUGGAUGGGCAACUGGAAGCAAGAAAACUAAGCAUUGGAAAACGUGGAAAGCUGGCAUUGGAGAGUACAGGAGUUUUGAAAAUAGACAAUCUAGAGGUUGAGGAAAAUUCUCAUGUAGAAAUUAAAGAUGGUGGAAAACUGGUGGCAAGAGACAUGUCAACAAAUCUUCAGCAGAUUAAGCUUGGUUAUAAAUCGUCUCUGACAUAUAAUGAGCAGAAUGUCAUGGUAGCUGCAUCCCAGUUCCACAUGAGCUCUCUCUCAACACUUAAGUCCACAACUGCAAUGAAAAACAUAACAAUUUUGGCAGAUGUUAUGACAAUGGAAACUGAUGCUGAAAUCUCAGUAAAAGGUGGUGGGGAGCUGAUAGGUCCAGGAGGUGGCAGCCCCACAAAGGGGGCCAGUUAUGGUGGAGAAGGGGCUGGAAAUGUGAAUACAACCUAUGGAUCCACCUCAUCUCCACUUAGCUUUGGAAGUGGAACUGGCACAGUGAGAGGUGGUGGAGUCAUCAAUAUUCAAGUGGAUGGAACUUUUCUAUUCAGUGGUGUACUGGAUGCCAGUGGCUCAGAUGUGAUGUCAGGUGGAGGCGGAAGUGGAGGGAGUGUAACAGUGGUAGCCGUCUCUAUGAAUGGACAUGGUCACAUGACUGUCAAUGGUGGAUCUGCUGGGACUGGAGCAGGAGGUGGUGGAGGAAGAAUAGGGAUCUCUGUACCUUCUGUUGGAGACUUCCAUGGAUCAUAUACAUCGUAUGGAGGGAAAGGCAACACUGCAUCUGGAGCAUCAGGAACAGUCUAUGUGAAUUACCAGCAAGCAGGUGGAGUGAAGAAAACUCUUGUGAUUGUGGACAACCAAGGUCAGAGCUCCACAGCAACAACUGUUCUUACUGACAUAGCUUCUCUGUCAACACUCAGGAUAAUGAAAAAUUCCAAGGCCAAGAUAUCUGGUUCCAAAAUCAAAAUACAAACCAUUGAAGGGGACUACUCAGGACUUGUCACGGUUCAAAGGGGACAAGAAUUUGAUAUUGCUACACAAUAUGGAACCGUGGAAGCUUACUCACUCCAAUGUAAGAUUCUGAUCAGUGAUUCUGGUACAGCGAUUCUUCCUGCCAAGCUUCAUCUAGAGGAUGCUUCAUUCUCUCCUGAUGAACCCUAUAAUCUAGAUGUAAAAGGCACUAUGGUGGGUAUGCAGGAGUUGGUGGUAGCCAAAGGUGGAAAAGCAAGGAUAUCAUCCACAAGUAUCUCAGGCCCCCGAGCUUCACAGCUAUCCCCUGCUGGUACACUAUCCCUGACAAAGCUGGACGUCAACACUGGUGGAUAUCUAGAGCUGGGAACGGAUUCUGACAGCAAGUUCACAGUUGAAAUUUUGAGUAUCAUUAAUGUUAAAUUUGGAGGGGAAAUAUAUGGUAAAUACCUGAGUAUCAAAGCUAAAGACCUGCAAGUGGCUUACACAGGGAUUUUGGGAGUGUCAGGGGGUGGAUUUUCCGCAGACCAGGGGCCAGGUGCGGGACAAAGUGGAUCAGGAGGAAGUUAUGGUGGAAAUGGAGGAAUGGCUGUGUCAGGCUCACUUGCUCUCAACGAUACAUAUGGAUCCAUCGAUUCAGCAAAUCUCUUUGGAUCUGGUGGAGGAAGUGGUAGUGGAAAAGGAGGAUCUGGUGGUGGAAAACUAGAAGUGGCCAUAAGUGGAACAACGACACUUAAUGGAAGAAUGGAAUCUGAUGGAAAAGAUGGAACUCAGACUGAUGAUGGCGGUGGAUCUGGUGGUUCCAUUUCAAUCAUCACACGCAGCAUAAAAGGAUAUGGUUAUGUGUCUGUGGUAGGUGGCAGUGGAAGAUCAUCAGGUGGAGGUGGUGGGGGUGGAAGAAUCACUUUGGAUGCUAUGAAUGACUAUGAGUUUACUGGAAAGUAUCUAAUGAGAGGAGGAAGCUCCUCAAGCUCACAAGCAGGAGGUGCAGGUACAGCCUACCUGUUAUACCGAGUCAAUCGUCUUAACUACUAUGUGUUGAUAAUGGACAACGCAGGGGCCACAGGAACCAGCAUUUCUUCAACAUACAUUGAUAUAACCUCUGUCACAAACUUUGAGGUCGAUCAGUUCAGGAUUGGUGACCAGACCUUGGUGGUGUUGAGGUCCCCCGGGGUCCAUUACGUGGGGAGGUCCCUGUCUUGUGGCAGUGACAGUGUCAUCAGUGUGAUGGAUGAGGUCACCUUCAGUGCCGACAUGGGACUAGAACACACCAAACUAACCUGCAGUCUAAAGCUGUCAGAAAAGGGAGAAGCCAGACUUCCCAAAACAGUGGAGCUGUUAGGUGCUGAUAAUGAUUUCAAGGGAACUCUAACCAAUAUUCGAGACUUAGUGGUUGCACCUGGACAGAAGGCCACCUUUGCUGCUCAAACCAAGACAUCCUCCACCAGUGGAAACUGGACCACUGAGGCAGGAGCUUACAGAUUUUCCACUUUCAUCAUCAAGGACUACGCUGUGGUUCAGUUUGAGACCACUGGUAAGACACUAACCCUGGGGAGGCUGGAGAUACAGUAUGGGGCAGUCCUCAACUCACAGAGACUUCUACUACAGAGUAACAACAUCAUCCUUCAUCCCGGGUCAUUGCUUGACCUUUCUGGUAAAGGUCAUUCUGCAGGUCAAGGUCAAGGAGCAGGCUUAACAGUGAGUGGUGUGGGCACAGGUGGUGGUCAUGGUGCCCCUGGUGGUUCCCAGUCUGAGUCUGUGACAGGCGGUGCUAUGUAUGAUGACACUCGGGUGCCGACAUCAGCAGGCAGUGGUGGUGGUGACAGUUCCUCCGGGGUGGGGGGAGCAGGUGGAGGCUUCCUGAACAUAUCCACAUUCUACGAAGUCAACGUGGAAGGAAAAAUUCUGGUUAAUGGCGCAGCUGGAAGUGGAACAGGUGCAGGAGGAGGAAGUGGUGGAACCAUCAUCAUCAAAGCCCAGAAGCUGAUUGGUCAGGGCCUGGUGUCAUGUGACGGGGGGCUAGGUAGAGGAUUAGGUGGAGGUGGGGCAGGAGGAAGGAUACAGAUAAUCCUAGAGGAACUAUACAAGUUUCCUGGCUCAAUAACAGCUUACGGUGCUGGAAAUUCUGACAAUCUGAACAGUGUAAAGGCUGGUGCGGGAACCAUCUACAUCAAAGAUAAUACAAGAGGGGUUCCGAAUGAAAAGUUGAUCAUAGCUGGAAAUACUGUAGAUCCACUCCAGAAGCAAACUCGCACAAUGAUCACUGGCUCUCAGUUCCAGUUUGCUGAGGUUACUUUGAAAGGAUAUUCACAUGUUGAAUUUGGCAGUUCAACAUCUGAGUUUAGAAUUUCAAAGAUUUUUGGAGACAAUACGGGCUGGCUGUAUGUUAGAGACCAGCAGAUUCUACGAGCAGAGUAUGUAGAGGGAAUACAGAAUCAUCUAAUCACCAACAUCAACAUAGACCUGGAUAAAGAUGCAACUCUGCAUACCCCACUGAACAUGACUGUAGCCGGAACGACUUUGAAUCUUCGUGGGCAAGUGACUUUCAACAACCUCAUUGUUGAGAAGAAUGGUGUGGUCAAUUUGGAUUCCUCAUCCUACACAGCAACCUACUCUCUCGGGGCCUACCAGCGGACCAGUGCACCAGGGCAGUAUCAGCUGGGCUAUCUGGGACUGAAACGUGGGUCAACAUUUAAUCCGUUGGAUGGACUUAACCUUCUGGUAGCAAAAAUGGAAAUGAAGCGUUUUGUUGUUCUCCUGACAGACUUUGUCAAGAUUCAAGCUAGUAGCCUAACUUUGGAAAGAGGGGCUGAGUUGAAUGUUGCAGGAAGGGGUAGGGUGGAAGAUGCUCCUGCUCUUGGUCAUGGAAAGAUGUACGGUGGAGGAUCAUAUGCCAGUGAGGGCGGAGUAGGCAAUGGUCAAACACUCAGUGAUGUGUCUCAGCCAUAUGGAACUCUAUACAAACCCACAGUGCCUGGAUCACCUGGAGGAAAUGGAGCUAAAGGUGGAGGAAAUAUCCAGAUUGCUGCUGACAUCAUCCACCUGGAUGGUUUCCUGAGAGCAUCUGGAGGGAGUUCCUCAUCAGGUGGGGGUGGAAGUGGAGGAAGUAUCUAUGUCGUCUGCUAUCAAGUUCUGAAAGGACUGGGAACCAUGGAAGCUAAUGGAGGAAGUGUGACCAGUAACAGAUAUGGAGCUGGGAGUGGAGGAAGAAUUGCCAUAGAAACAGAAAUGGAUUUAUUCUCAAACAAUGGAAAGUUUUCAGCUGCUGGUGGAAACUCACCUGCUACCAAUGGCAGAGGUGGGCCAGGAUCUAUUUAUACAAAAUCAGGCAAAGGCAAAAGUAUUCUAGAGACUCUAAUUAUUGACAAUUUUAAUGGUCAGAAAGAAUAUUAUGCUCUCCUGGAUGAAUCUGAAGUAGAUCUGGUGUUUGAUAUGGUAGAAAUAAAGAACUAUGCCAAGUUGCAAAUCAUUGAGGAUGGAAAAGCAAGGUCCCUUAUCAUCAAUAAAAUUAAAGGAGAUGGCACAGGUUUGCUGAGAAUGAAAGCCAAUCACAAAGGAACCCUGGAAAGAGAUAGCAAAACAUUCAUCAACUCCAAGCUAGAAAUCAAUCUUGAAUUGCACAAUGGUGGAGAGUUUAUCCUGUCAGAGACGACGACCAUUCUGGGUCGAGCCACCGUGGCCUUGGAUUUGGACGGAAUCCUGAGGGGAGUGGUCAAUCUGAUUCUGGGAGCGAAUCGUUACAUGAGAAUGGGCAGCAACGCCAUGAUAGUGCCAUUCAAAGCUACAUCUCUGUCGGGUCAGGCUCGAGUGACCUUCGGUCUUCUCCAGCUAGAUCCAGGAAGUCGGAUUGACUAUGACAAGGAAACCGGGGCAGACAUGCUGCUGGGGGUGCUCAAUGCCAAGUUUAAAUCCACCAUCACUGCAGACUACUUCAAUAUCACGUGUUCAAAGGUUCUGGUAGAAUUGGAGGCCCUGAUAUCUGCAGCCAGUACAGACCGGGCUCAGUCAAAUGGGAUAGAUGUCUACACAGGGCAGGGUAAACAACUGAGUGGAAGGAAGGGAGGGGCAGGACAUGGAGGUGUGGGAGGGGGACUCCCCGAUGCAGCGGGGGACUCCUACAACUCUUUGUACACACCCACCCAGCCAGGGAGUCGGGCCAAUCUAGUGGGCGGAAAAGGGGGUGGCAAAAUCUACCUCAAUGUCGGCAGCCUGAUGUUCAAUGAUGGAGAAAUAUCUGUGAAUGCUACUGGUUCAGCCAAUGGAGGGGGAAGUGGAGGCAGCAUCUGGAUUAAAGCCUACUUGAUUGAAGGUUACGGGGUGUUCUCCAGUGUAGGGGGUAGAAGCAGUGGAGCCAAUGGAGGGGGGUCAGCAGGCAGAAUCGCCAUCCAUUCUUCCAGGAUCAUCCAGUACCAGGGCAGGUACCAGGUGUUUGGGGGUGAGGCCGCUGAUGACAGUAACGCAGGAGGGGGAGGAACUGUUUACCUGCAAGACAUCAGGAAGGGGCAGGUGUAUAGACGUCUUUUGCUGGACAACUUCAACAGACCACUGGAUAAGUACUCCACCAUUGAUGAAGGACCUCAAAGAGACUUCAGUUUUGAUGAGGUGCACUUGAUGAAUCAGGCCUCCCUUCACGUCCGAGAUAUGAACGAGCCAAUCAACAUUGACAUCAGGAAGUUGGUUGGAGACCGCUCGGGAUUGCUACACAUCCACAAGAAGCAGAAACUGGUAGCGGAGUUUGAAGAUGCAGUUCGACAAGCUUUCACAUCAGGUGUUAAUUUCAUCAUUGAUGAAGAGGGAGAAAUCAUCUUUCCAGCCAUUACCUAUGUCUAUGGAAAGGGUGUGCUGUUUCCAAGCUUUGAAGAGAGAAGGUCUUUAAUGAUUGAGGGUCAGCUAACAGGUAUCAACGAUCUUGUCCUGGGAUUUGAAACGCUGAUGUACUUGGGAGUUAAUGCCAACACUGCGAGAUAUGGGAAUGAUGAUACAGAAGAUCCAGGCAAUGUGGAGUUUGGAACUAUAGAUCUACGUGGAUUGUCACAAAUUUUGUACCAAGCUGAUCUUACAAUGAAAGCAAAAGUAGGGAAAAUUGAUGUUCGUUACAAAGCAAAGAUAUCAGCUGAGAGUAUACGUUUGAUGGCUGGAGUAUUAAAUGUUGAAGCAGGAGCAAUAAUGACAUCAUCAGCUAAAGACAGGCCAGCCGACACAAUAGAUAGUAGGCUAGGAUCAGGGCUAUCUUUCACUGUAUCAUCCACUCCCACUGGAGCUGGUCAUGCCAGCCCAGGGGGUGGUAUCUACAACAGCACAGGUCAUGUGGUGUAUUUCAGUGGUUCCUAUUAUGACAGCCUUUAUCGUCCAAAAGAGAGAGGAAGUUCCGGAGGAAAAUCCAGGUCUCACAUUGGAGGCAGAGGGGGAGGUGUUAUUGAUCUGGAGAUUGCAUCCGAGUUAUUGGUAGAUGGAGAAAUAAGCACAGAUGGUUCCAAUGGAGACUCCACAUCUGGUGGUGGUAGUGGUGGUACCAUCUAUGUAAAGUCCAAGAACCUGGAAGGUCAUGGUCUUUUCACUUCUGCUGGAGGAUCUGGUGUUUGUGGGGGCUCAGGGGGACGAAUUGCUUUCUGGCUUGACACCCAGAUCUACUUUUUUGGGACAUACGAGACAACUGGAGGAGUGGGGAGAUCACAGACUGACCUGACAACUGGUGGACCGGGUUCGGUGUACAUCAAUGACACCAGAUUUGGCAGACCAUACCAGCAGUUCAUUCUAGACAACAAUGCCCGAUCAUGGGACCACUAUUACACCUUGGACGAAGCUGGUGUCACAGACUAUUACUUUGAUGAAGUGCACCUUACCAGAAAUAUCUCCUUACAGCUUAAAUCAGGUGAUGGAAUCAACAGAGGGCUCACAGUAACAAAAAUCUUUGGAGAUAGAACCGGCCGUCUGCAUCUCAAGUCCAAACAGGUUGCACGCAUAGAGGAGCUACAGUCAGUCAUGAAGUCGCCUAUCAAUCUGUGGGUAGAUGAGGGGGCUCGGGCCUUCCUCUCUCCUUUAGUGUACAUGUUGGGCAUGGGGGAGAUUGCUUUCAUGUGGAAUGGUGAGAUUGUAGGAGUGAGGCAUAUGAGAAUUGUUCCUGGCCGUAAAAUCAGCGUCAACCCCCAGGCACAGACCAGUUGGGUCAGAAACGGCACCCUGAUACAGGGGGUGCCAGGCUGGUUCCAAUUCGCCAGUCUAGAGGAAGGAGCUGGGGCUGAAAUGAUUCUCCCUCCCCCAAUGGGUCUUCGUCUCACUGUUGGGUUUCUUGAUAUAAAGUUUGAUGCCAUAUUCAAGUCUGACACAUUUGAAAUAGAAGCGACAGAUUUCUUUCUGGAGCCCCUGGCUCGCUUCAUCUGUGUAGGCACAGCCCCUGUGGGAGGCCCCGGGCGUGCUAGGGUCAGCCACACCGGGGCAGGACAUGCUUCUCUGGGUGGAGGAAAUGCUACACAUUCGACAGUCGGGGGAGAGGCUUAUGGGUCCCUCUACCGCCCCACAGAUCACGGGAGUCAGGGAGGGGUGGGCGACAAUGGACUGCUUGGAGGGAAGGGAGGAGGAACUGCCAAAAUCACAGUGGGAGCAAUCUUUCAGCUCGAUGGAAGACUGGAGGUGGAUGGUGAAGAUGGCAAAGACAAUGGUGGAGGAGGAAGUGGAGGAUCCGUGUGGAUAAGAACAGACCACUUCAGAGGCUAUGGGUCAGUGUCUUCUAUGGGAGGUAAAGGUCAUGGCAUUGGUGGGGGUGGGUCAGGGGGAAGAAUAGCCGUCCACACCUCCAGUGCCAAUGAAUAUAAGGGCUUUUUCCUGGCCGUUGGACAGAAGGGAACCAGCACAGGAGACAUGGGCGGCCCAGGGACGGUGUUCAUUGAGGAUAAAACCUCAGAGUUCGAAUAUCAGUCUCGUCUGUACCUUGAUGGACAGAAUCUGUCCCCAGCAAAGCCUGUUGUUAUCUGGGAGAAGAACCCAAGAGUUUUGGCCAGCAAUGAAACCCUGGACAACAAUGCUGAUGUCAGCUUUGACCAUCUUAUGCUCAACAAAAAGGCACAACUGGAAAUUUCUGAAGGCAGAGACAACAUCAGGAAGUUGAAUUUAGGUCUGGUUCUAGGAGACAAGACUGGAGUACUGCACCUGCAGAGUACACAGACCUUCUACAUAGAGUACGACCAAUACCAACUUCUUAGAUCCUCCCCUCCCUGCAGCUUCCUGGUGGAUGAAGGCAGUGAAAUGUGGGCGUCGGCAGACUUCCGCCUGAUUGGACUGGGGAUUCCUGUUCUAAAACUGGACGGUCAUUUAGCUGGGGUGAUGAACCUGACCUUGGGUCACCAGCUGAGAGUGGAGAUAUCAGAGACGGCCUCCAACAGUCGUCUGGUCGGAGGAACACAUGUGACUUUGGAAAAAGGAACAUUGGGUCUAGGAGUCCUUUCAAUGCAGGCCAAUGCAGAAAUUAUCCACACCAAGGAAAUAAAACUGGAGACGUCGGACAUCAUGAUGAGGUACAGUUCGCUGAUUCAGGCCGACAGCAUCAACAUCUCGUCGGGGACCCUUCACAUGGAGGGUGAGGCUAGGCUAGACACCACAGCUAGAGGAGACACUCAGUCCGUGGUAAACCCGGGGGUGGAUCCAGCAGGGAACGGGCUGGGAGCGGGGCACGGAGGAUUCGGGGGUGGAGCUGAUCUCAUCAAUUACACCAGUGCUUCUGCAUAUGGAUCUUAUAAAAUGCCAAAGGAUCCAGGAAAUGUGGGAGGUGGAUCUGGUGGGGGUACAGGGGGUGGAACAAUACAGGUAAAUGUGGCCCGAUACCUCCAUCUGGAUGGUGUGCUGACAAGUGCAGGUGGCUCUGCUACGUCCGGUAACAGUGGUGGUGGCAGUGGAGGGAGUGUGCUGGUGUUAGCCACAAACUUCUCCGGACAUGGCCAGGUGGUGGUGUCCGGUGGUAGCGGCAAUGAGUAUGGCCACGGUGGUGCUGGUGGUAGAAUAGCGGCGCAUGUGUCAUGGUUCAGGGAAUACAGCGGUGACUACAUUGCAUUUGGUGGCUACAAAGGUGACAAGAGCACUCAUCAGUUUGGUAAUGGAGCAGGAGGAACAAUUUACUUCACUGAUUCCAACUCUGGCAUCACUUCCAAGGAAUUCAUCACCACACCAGAAGGCAUCAAGUACUUGGACGGAUUCCGGAAACUCCUGAUUGAUAAUGAUGACCGCAACAAGAAGAUUCCAACCAUCAUCAUGACUGAAGAUUCUAGCUCCGUGUUUGAAUUCGAUGAACUGGAAGCAAACAACCAUGUAGUGCUUCAGAUGCGGGGUCAGAAUUCUGAGCUUGUCGUCCACAAGUUUAAUGGAGACAGAACAGGUUUGAUGCAUAUUUUGGCCGGGCAGGUUAUCCAUGUUGAGUACAAAGAGUCCACAACAGGGUACACUGUGGCUCCAGUCAGCUACCUGGCUCAGUCUGACACAGAGAUUGUUCUUCCCUCAACUGUUAUCAUGCUGGGAACCAGGAGUCAGAUAGGGGGUCUGAUGACCAAUGUUCAAAAUUUGACAGUGGCUGAGGGGGCCAAUGUCGUAUUCUACUCUACUUCUCAGACAGCUCUCAGGGAGAACGGAAGUUAUGUGCACAUGACAGAAAAAGGCAACAUCAGUUUAAGCCAUCUUGUUAUUCAAAGAGGAUCAAAGGCAACAUUCCUAGAGAGUGAAGCAAGUCUUGUUAUAACCAUCAAUAGAUUGGCAAUCCGAUAUCAAGGUAGGAUGUCACUAAACACAGGCACCAUCUAUUCUGACUCUGGAGUCAUUGAAAGUGAAGGAGUCUUGUUGCUAGCAUAUGAAGGUUAUGAGGCUGAAUCAGGACCUGGUGGUUCUAGGACCAUCGGAAACCUUGGUUAUGGAGCAUCUCACGGUGGCCAUGGUGGUGCUCCCAGUGGAAGCAUAGGAGGACCAACAUAUGACUCAGUUUAUAAACCCCUUCAUCCAGGUAGUGGAGGUGGAAAUGGAAAAGGGCAAGGUGGAAGAGGUGGAGGAUAUCUGGUCUGGGAAAAUGGAAAGGAUCUGUGGAUCGAUGGUCAUUUGAAUCUUGAGGGUGAACAAGGACAUGGCCAGAAUGCUGGUGGAGGAAGUGGAGGGGGACUGAUUAUUGUGACUCUGAACUUCACUGGAUAUGGUCAUGUGGAUGUCAGUGGUGGAGCAGGAUCAGCCACUGGAUCAGCAGGAGGUGGAAGUGGUGGUAGGAUGGGCAUCCACAUCAAGUUUAAGAAUCGAUUUGCAGGCUGGCUUGAUGCAACAGGUGGACUAGGAUCAGGUCAAAUCCCAUCAGGAGCAGCAGGCACUGUCUACACAGAAGAAACAGACAAGGGUCCAAAGUAUGCCGACAUCAAGUAUGAUGCAUCCACAAACAAGACAAGCACCAAAGCAGCUUUCAGAAGAGUGGAGGUCAACAACAAAGACAUAGACAAACAUUUAUAUAAAGAUCAUGGUGUUCCCUGGCUGUAUACAGUAAUCACUGAAGGUCCAAAAGACUACUAUGAAUUUGAUGAGAUGGAUCUGCAAGGCCAUGCCAACCUUCAGUUUGGGUAUCCACUCAAAGACUCCCUCAAUGUGACAAUUGUUGCCCAUAAAUUUAAUGGUGACAACACAGGGUUGUUGAAUCUGAGAGAACUCCAGCAACUGUUUGUGGAGGUUGUGGAAUCUGUCUCAAAUGAAACAUUUGCUCCCUGCAGUUUUAAGAUUGAAGCAAAGUCUGAAAUUGUGUUUCCAAAACGGGUCAACCUCUUUGGAAGGAGAACAUGGAUGGAAGGGUUGAUGACAGGAGUGGAAGAGUUCAUGAUCAGAGGUGGAGCUGAUGUCAAAUUUUAUCCUACUGCUCAUACAGCCUACAGAGAGAACAGCACUCGGGUACAAAUGACAGAGCCAGGAAACUUUGACUGGAGUGUCUUGAAGGUGAUGUGUGAAUCAGAGCUAGAAUUCACAGCCAUUGAUGUGGCUGUUGUCUUAUCAGUCUCGGAGUUUUAUGUGAAAUAUCAUGGACUGCUAAUGAUGAAGUUAACCAAAAUAGAAUCUACCUAUGCCCACAUUGAAGCUGAGGCAGAGUUCAACAUGAACGGGAAAGGGAACGUAGGUGAGACAGGUCUUGGGCGGGGUUGGACUAAUUCCUCGGAUGGAGCUGGUCUGGGAGCUGGUCAUGGAGGAUGGGGUGGAGGCAAUGAACCAGUUUUUGGUGGAGAACCAUACAACUCAGUAUAUGAACCUGGCUAUGGGGAAGAUCUUCCAACACUUAAGUUUGCUGGCAGUGGUGGAGGACAUGGGGGUGGAGUAGGAGGAGCUGGUGGAGGAUAUCUCAUCUGGAAUCUAGGAGAUCUGCUGGAGAUGAAUGGUAUUCUAUCACUGAAUGGAGAUGAUGGUUUGAGAAGUUAUGCUGGGGGUGGAUCAGGUGGGAGUGUAUUGAUAACCACAACCAACAUGACUGGUCAUGGCAUAAUAAGUGUCAGGGGUGGAUCAGGGAAUGUGCUAGGUGGAGGUGGAGCUGGGGGAAGGAUUUCUAUCAAAUGUCGGUGGAGAUAUCAAUAUGGAGGACAGUUUCACAAUUAUGGUGGAGAUGGUGGAAGUCUAAAGAAGCAGGCAAGAACUGGGGCUGCUGGAACCACCUACAAGGAAGAGAAUUUGAGAGAGCUGGAAUACAGGCUGAAAAAAUAUGACCCAGUUCACAAUACCACAUUUUUGGCAGUUGAUCAUACAUAUGUUCACUCAGAUAACAAUCUUAAAUACAGCCCAGCUGGAACUCUGCUGAUGGCCAAUGAAACCUUUGACUAUGAAUUUGACGAGGCAGAAUUAACAGGAAGUUCUUGGCUACUCGUAUACCACCCCACAAGCCAGAGUAGAAAUGUGACGGUAAUCAUUCACAAGUUCAUGGGGGACAAAACUGGAAUCUUACAUCUGCGCUCCAGGCAGCAUGUGUUUGUGGAGGUGGUGGAAGCUGUGCUCAAUAGAACUGAAGCACCAUGUGGAUUCAUCAUUGAGAAUGGCGCAGAAAUAAUACUACCUGAAGAAGUUCACAUCCAUGGAGUCAGAGGAAUGUUUGCAGGGCAAAUGACAGGGGUACUGGAGCUCUUUAUAGAAGGAGGUGCUUAUACUAAUUUUGUAUCAACGGCCAACACAGCACUGAUGGAGAAUGGAACCAGAUUCCGAGUGUCUCAGCAGGGCCAUUUCCAGUGGGACAACCUCCACGUGAAAAUGAAUGGGCAGGUUGAUUUUGAAAAGAUAACAAAAACCCUAAAACUUGAAAACAGUGAAAUGAAGGUCAAAUACCAAGGACAACUUUUCAUGAAUGAUGCUGAAAUUUAUUCAUCUUACGUCUGGGUAGAGAGUCAGGGAAUUUUCCACAUGAAUGGCAGAGGCCAUAAAGCAGAGCAAGGACCUGGGGCAGGGAGAACUGUGAGCAAUGAAGGAUAUGGCGCUGGUCAUGGUGGAUAUGGAGGAGCUCCAAAUCCUGUAGAUGCUUCUGAACCAUAUGGAUCUGUUGUCACUCCACAUCAGCCAGGCAGUGGUGGUGGAAACGGAUUGGGACAAGGUGGAUCCGGUGGUGGAGUUCUCUUCUGGAAGAUUGGACAGAGAAUGGAGCUGAAUGGAUUGUUAGCAUUGCAGGGAUCUAGUGGUAUCAACCUCAAUGCUGGAGGUGGAAGUGGGGGAAGUCUGUUGAUUGAGACCACCAACUUUACAGGGCACGGAGAGAUCAAUGUCAGGGGAGGGGACGGGACAGGGACGGGGGGAGGAGGGGCAGGGGGGAGAAUAGGGAUACACUGUGAGUGGAGAUACAGCUAUGGGGGGAAAUACAGAAACCGAGGGGGUGAUGGCGGUCCUGGAAAGAAAGUCUCACAUGGUGCAGCUGCUGGUACUACCUAUGUGGAGAAUAACUUCAGACCCCUGGAAUACAGGAUUCUAAAGUACAUGAAAGAAUCCAAUCAAACCUACUUCCGUGUGGAUCAUCUAUAUGUUCAUAUUGAUAAUGAAGGCAAUGCUGUGCCUGUUGCCACAGUCAUCAUGGAAGAUCAGAGUGAGGUGUUUGAGUUUGAUGAGAUGGAGAUAACAGGCUUCUCCAGAGUGUUGAUUUAUCAUCCAGUGUCCGACCAUGUCAACCUUACAGUGCAUCGCUUCAUUGGUGAUAGAACGGGUCAACUCCAUCUCCGAGCAAAUCAGCUAGCCCUCAUUGAGUAUGUGGAGUCCAUCUCCAAUGUCACAGAGGCACCUGUAAGUUAUAUCAUCGAUGAGGAUUCAGAAGUGAUCUUCCCAACUGAGGUUCACAUCCAAGGCAUCAACACUACUCUAGCAGGACUCAUGACUGGAGUUCAUCACUUCUAUGUGGAAGACAAGGCUGUUGCUGUUGUAGAAGCUUCCUCUCAGACUGCUCUAUUGCAGAGUGGAAAAUAUGUGGAUAUAACAACCAAAGGAAACUUCUCGCUUCCCUCAAUCAAUGUCCAAAUGGAUGGAGUUCUCGAGUUCCGAAGAAUUACUAACUCACUAACCAUCACAACGGCAUUUUUGGAAAUCAAAUACCUUGGGUCUGUGUUCAUGAAUCAUGGAUACAUAGAUGCAGGUGAGAUUGACAUGGAAUCUGAAAGUCAGAUCAGUCUGGAUGCAAAAGGUUACAGAGCUGAAGGUGGACCAGGAGCAGGAAAGGGUACAGCAGGGGGAAGUUAUGGAGGACAAGGAGGCUGUGCUGACCCAGAUAAAUCAUAUGGAUCUUUAUUUACACCAAGUCAUCUUGGAAGUGGAGGAGGGGGAAAUCAAGGUGGUGCAGGAGGUGGAUUUGUGGAAGUAAAUGUUGGCAGAAACAUUCACGUGGAUGGAAAUUUCAAGACCUAUGGAGGAGAUGCCCAGGGUUCUAAUUCUGGAGGCGGAAGUGGAGGAUCAAUUUUGAUUAAAGCUUUUAACUUUAGUGGACAUGGCGUACUGGAUGCCAGUGGUGGUGGUGGUAUUGGCACUGGAUGUGGAGGGAGUGGUGGGCGGAUUGCUGCCCACAUUGGAUUCCAGAAUAAUUUUGGUGGAUUUUAUCUGGCACAUGGUGGAAAAGGAGGAUCUUCAACUAACCACACACUCUCAGAUGGAGGGCCAGGGACAAUAUACAAGUACGAGUCUAACAGGGGACCACAGUACAGGGAACUCAAAUACAGUCCAAGACUAAAUGAAACACUGAUUAAACCGGAACAUUCAAAAUUGACGGUGGAAAAUGCAAAUUUGAAAACCAUAAACCCAGGAGUAGUGAUGGAGGAGAACAGUGUUUACUAUGAGUUUGAUGAAGUCCAAGUGGAGGGAUAUGCCUAUGUCCAUUUCUAUCACCCAGGAUCUGCUGCCAAUGUCACCGUGGUGAUACAUGAACUGACUGGAAACAAAAAAGGAAUGGUGCGUGUUCAAUCCAACCAGCAGGUUUUGGUGAACUUUGUGGAGUCCACCCACACUUACCUCGAUGCACCCUGUGGAUUCCACGUGGACAGAGGGGGUGAGCUUGUUCUACCAACAACAGUGUUUAUCACCUCAGAGCAGUGGAUUCUGGGGGGCAGGCUUGUAGGGGUGGAAGAUCUGAUCAUAGAAAGAGGGGCAGAACUCAUUCUCAUACAGGAUGCCCACACCAAAGAUGUCCAGUCUGUAGAUUUGAUGUACUUGAAGUCAGAAUCAGACUCCUUCACUCCCGGGCUUGUACAGUUUGGAACUCUUGUUGUGAACAAUGACGGAGUCUUGACUACUUUGACCAAUCCUGUGAAGUCUUACAUCAUGACCUCCACUACCAGUGUGAAGAAUGGCGGGAAGGUACAGAUGAACAGUCUGUAUGUCAUCUACAUCUCCUCCUAUCUGGAGGUUGAGAAGGGAGGGCUGGUGGAUGGAGAGGGGCAGGGAUUCAUUGCUGGACAGGGACCAGGGGCAGGAAGUACAGGGACUUUGGAUGCGUCUGGAGGAAGCUAUGCCAGCUAUGGUUCUCCUGGAUACCACUCAAAUGCUGUGUCACAGCUACCCUAUGGUAACACCCUGAGACCGUCUGUCCCAGGAAGUGGUGGCGGAGGACCUUCAGGCGGUGCAGGAGGAAAUCAUGUGAUCAUGAAUGUCGGAAAGGUGUUAAUUAUAGAUGGAGUGGUUUCUGUAAAUGGAGGAAAUGGAUUAUCCACCACACAGGCUGGUGGUGGGAGUGGAGGUGGUAUCCACAUUGAUUCCCCCAGUCUCGUGGGCUAUGGAGUGGUCAGAGCUAAUGGGGGCACUGGUUACCAUGGAACUUGGAACGCAAAUGUGUACAAAAAUGGCGGUGGUUCAGGGGGUGUAAUCAGUGUAUACCUGGAAGAGAGACUCAGAUUCCGUGGAAGAAUAGAGGCAGUGGGUGGAUCAGGGAAUCUGGGGGGUGGACCUGGUACAGUCCUGGCAAGGACAGCUACAGGAGCCGACUUGUUCAUAGAGAUAUGGAUAAACAAUCUGAACCGUGGACAAGUCGACGCAUGCGAUUACCCUACGAAGCUCAUAAACAUCGAGUCUGUUGACGUGCUUCAUCUUCAAAACAGAGCUUGUGCCAAAUUAGAUAAAAACGUCUUACGAGUUGGUUACCUUGCUCCAGGAUCAGGUCUGUUGUACGUGUCUGGCUCAAAUGUUGUAAUCAUCGCAGAAGACAUAGUACAGACACACCUUGAAGCCAAUGUCUUCAGCAGCUCAGGUUCAAUCAUAAAGCUCCCCCUCAACACUUACGUAGAGGCCAAACUGACAGUGUGGGGCUUGUUGAGAGGAGUGGAGCAUUUCUAUGUGAGGGGCCAAACAGAACUGAAGCAGACGGGUGGAGCAAGCUGCUCCUCGAGAUCUGCCCCCACUGCGAGGUAUCAGUUCACGACUUGUACAGUCAUGUACACUGGAAAGCUGACACUGGAAGAUGCAGACUACACGUCAGAUGUGGGCACAAAUGUGGUUUCUAGUUAUGUCCACAUUCAGCACUCUGGAAGCAUGCAGGUCACAAAGUCUGGAUCGGUUUCCACUUUCUUGUUUGAGCUUGAGAAAUCAGGAAGAGUUUAUGGUGACAGCUUGUCAUACACAGCUAACACCGGCCCAGGUGCAGGGAACACAAAUAGAGCUGGGUCAGGGGCAGGACAUGGAGGAACAGGGGGUGCUGGGAAGGGCUGUGAGUUCUCCUCAGGAGGAGGGGCAUAUGAUGAUGCAUAUCUACCAGUAUUAGGCGGAAGUGGAGGAGGAUCCUGCAGUCAUGGUAGGAGUGGAGGAACAGGAGGGUCUGCUAUCCGUAUCGUUUCAUUACAUGCCUCAUUUAUAGAAGGCCGAUUAACUUCUACAGGUGGCAGUGGAUCUGGUGGAGGUGGGGGUGGUAGCGGUGGUGCCAUCUGGGUGGAUAGUGAUGUCAUCGAGGGUUGGGGUUUGAUUCAGGCAAAUGGAGGGUCAGCUUAUUCUGAUUGUGAGGGAGGCUGUUUUCGUUCAAGUUGUUGCUGUUACCAUUAUGGAGGUGGUGGGGGUGGAGGCAGGAUUCGAACCUUCUCCAGCAAUCAUACACAUUUAGUUGUCCACAAGCAGCGCUAUGUCAGUGGGGGUCCUGGAGCAGGAGACAAUGGGGCCUCUGGGUCAUUGGUCGAUUACCACGGGAACAAAUGCAGUGGUCAUGGUACCAUGAGUAAUGGAGUUUGUACCUGUAGAAAUGGCUAUGUAGGGUCAGACUGCCAGUUUGAAUGUGAUUCAGACUCGGUGUGUAAUAAUCAUGGUAGUUGUUCCCAGUCUGGUGCUUGUACUUGUGAGGAGGGUUAUGGAGGUCAAGGAUGUGAUGUCCAGUGUCAUAGAAACACCUCAUGUUCUGGCCAUGGCUCCUGUGCUCUCUGUGGAAACUGUGUUUGUGACCCCUGUUUCCAUGGAAAUGAUUGUUCCAACAUGUGCUCAGGUCAAGGUCAGUGUGUGGCAGAUCAGUGUCAGUGUGAUGCUUGUCAUCUGGGUGACUUUUGUGAGAGCGAGUGUAACGGACAUGGAAAGUGUCAGGCAGGAGUUUGUGAGUGUGAUGCAAACUGGUAUGGCAGUAAGUGUACCAGCAGAGGAUGCCCCACCAGUGAUUCGACCCUGGACUGUUCAGCCCAUGGUGUCUGUAAUGCAUUCACUGGAGUGUGUUACUGUUCCCCGGGAUGGAUGGGCAAUGAUUGUGGAACACCCGAUUGCCCAGGAAACCACACCUGUAACAAUCAGGGUAUUUGUAAUGAUAAUUUUGACCCUCCCAAAUGCACUGACUGCCUCACUGGAUGGAUGGGACCAGCCUGUGGUGACCCCUGUGUAUACGGCUCACCUGACCCCACAGGUCAAGUCUGUCAGUGUAACACCACCUGUCACCACGGCCUGGGCUGUAACAUUGAGUGCUCCGGCAAUGGAGUCUGCCACAGCGACGGAUCCGGAGCUUGCUUCUGUGAUCCACUGGUCGGAUGGAGUGGAACAUACUGUGAAAUUCCAGGAUGUCCCAGACAUCCUCAAACAGACAUUGAGUGUUCGGAUCACGGGAAUUGUAACAGCGAGUCCAUGGAAUGUGAGUGUAGGGCGGGUUGGAGGGGCGUGGCCUGUCACAUCCCCGACUGCCCCGGAGAACCCAAUUGUAAUGGUCGAGGGGUGUGUAACGAGAUGUUUGACCCCCCAGUUUGUCACAACUGCUCCCAGGGGUGGAUGUCUGGUGGAGCCUGUGAUGAUCCGUGUGUGAACGGGACAGAGACUCCCCCAAACUCUGGUAACUGUGUGUGUGAUGAAGGCUUUGCAGGGGUUGGUUGUGAUUCAGAAUGCUCUGGUAAUGGAGUGAUUGUGGCUGGAUCUUGUGUUUGCCACUACAGUGAGGGAUGGAAGGGCAGGCUGUGUGACAUCCCAGGCUGUCCUGGCCUGUUCAAUCUGGAUUGUUCCGGUAGAGGAGGCUGUGAUAGCUCCACCCACACCUGUACCUGUCGCCCGGGCUGGUAUAACAAUGGAUGUGAGUAUGUGGACUGUCCUGGACAGCCAGACUGUAACGAUCACGGAGUGUGUUAUGAUGCUGUGGACCCACCGGUCUGCAAGUGUGAUGCGAUGCACUUUGGAGCUGCUUGUGAAGAACCUUGUGUGAAUGGAGUUAUCUCCCCUGCUGAGCCCCAGGUCUGUCACUGUCACCAGGGCUGGGCGGGUAUCAACUGUGACUCAGAAUGUUCCGAACAUGGCACUAUCAUUGGUGGCCGGUGUGAUUGUGAUGUUGGGUGGAGGGGAUCAGUCUGUGACAUCCCAGGGUGCCCCGGGGUUGGGUUGGACUGUACUGGUCAUGGUCUGUGUAACGCUGCCACCCAUGUGUGUACCUGCUUUCCGGGGUGGAGUGGAGAUGGAUGCCACAUCGCAGACUGCCCAGGGUCUCCGGACUGUAACAACAGAGGGGUGUGCAACGCCACCCUGGAUCCACCCCUGUGUCUGGACUGUCAGCAGGGCUGGAUGGGCAGUGCGUGUGAGGAGGUGUGUGAACACGGUCACCAGGAGCCCCCCAACAGUGGGGUGUGUCAGUGUGACCCCUGCUACUCAGGUAAAGGCUGUAACAGUAUGUGUAAUGGACACGGGUACUGUGUAUCUGGUCAGUGUUUCUGUGACGUGGCAUGGAGAGGGUCGCUGUGUGAGGUACAGAGCUGUCCGGGUCAGUACGACGACUGUUCCCUCCACGGCUCCUGUAACAGUGCCACCCAGGUGUGCUCCUGUAAUCCAGGUUGGACGGGAUCUGACUGUAACACUCCGGACUGUCCCGGGGGAUGUGCCGGGAAUGGAUACUGUGAAGGAUACAACAGGGAUGUCCCCAUCUGCCUCUGUAAAGAUGGUUGGAUGGGUGAGGACUGCUCCAAGCCGUGCAUCCACGGUAAGGUGGACGGUGCCUCUUGUGUGUGUGACCGCUGCUACACGGGGGCAGGCUGUGAACUGGAAUGUUCCGGAAAUGGACGGUGUGUCAACAACACUUGUGACUGCUUCUCCACAGUUAUAGGAAACAGCUGGGUGGGUGAGCUGUGUGAGGAGAAGGGUUGUCCGGGGAGGGACGGGGCCUGUAACGGUCAGGGGUCCUGUAACAGCGCCCUCGGAAUGUGCACUUGUUACCCCGGCUACAAGGGAGACGACUGUGGCUCACCUGCCUGUCCAGGGACCCCUGAAUGCUCAGGUCCAGACCAUGGAAAUUGCACCUCUGGAGGGAAGUGUGAAUGUGGUCCCCACUGGAUCGGAGACUACUGCCAGAUUCCUUGUGUGAAUGGAACCAACGACGGUCAGGGCCUGUGUGUGUGUAGUCUGGAGUGUGUGACCGGAGUCAGCUGUACCAUGGAGUGCUCCAACAAAGGGAGGUGUGACAGUGCCGGCCGGUGUCAGUGUGACUAUUACCAGGGAUACAAGGGUCCAAAAUGUCAGAAACCUGAGUGUCCUGGGUGGCCAGAGAACUGCAUGGGACACGGAACUUGUAACGUGGCCACCCAGGAGUGUACCUGUGAUCUGUACUGGUCCGGAGUGGCCUGUGACAAGCCGGACUGUCCAGGGACUCCGGACUGUAAUGGUGUUCCGGCUCGGUGUGAUGUCCCUCCAGAAGGAGGAAAUCCCAGGUGUUUGAAUUGUUCCUACCCCUACAUGGGAGAUGGUUGCGAGUUCACCUGUAUGUUUGGCACCCCAGUGCGCUACAGUGAUGAAAACUGGGAGUGUCAGUGCGAGCCAUGUUAUUCCGGGGUGAGCUGUGAUAAACUUUGCAAUGGCCAAGGAUCUUGUGUGAACGGUACUUGUGAUUGUGGGUUCAAUGGUUACAGAGGAGAUCUCUGUGAGAGACAGGGAUGUCCAGGGUACAAUGAAGACUGCACGGGGCAUGGCACCUGUAACACCGCCACAGGUGUGUGUAGCUGUGACGCCGGAUGGACAGGUAGAGGCUGCCACCUGGCCAACUGCCCCGGUAACUGCAGUAACCAUGGAGACUGCUCUGUGGACCCUGCCAGCAGUACACCAUACUGUGACUGUGAGUCGGGAUUCUUUGACUACGCCUGUCAGAGUCGAUGUGUUCAGGGUAGUAUCGUGAACGGGACUUGUGUGUGUGACCCCUGCUACACUGGCUAUGAGUGUGACAGUUUGUGCUCGGGGAAGGGUGGAGUCUGUGUAAAAGACACCUGUGACUGUGGCUUCAGUGGAGGUCGGGGGGUGUACUGUGAGGAGGCGGGGUGCCCUGGCUAUGAUGAGGACUGUACGGGUCAUGGCGACUGUAACAAAGGAACAGGAGAGUGUGUUUGCUACACAGGAUGGAGAAGCACUGGAUGUGAGGUCCCGGAUUGUCCUUCAGACUGUAACAAUAGGGGUGUGUGUAACACCACAGGACUGAGGCCAGAGUGUACCGACUGCCAGGAGGGGUGGAUGGGGGAGGACUGUGGGACACCAUGUAAUGGACUGCAGAUCCCCAUGGACAGUGGAGUGUGUGUGUGCCACAGUGGUUGUGAUCAUGGCGAGUCUUGUCAAAACACUUGUAAUGAAAUUGGAGUAUGCAUUAACAACAGUUGUGAAUGUAAAAACCAGACCACGGGGAUUAACCAGGGCUGGUGGGGGGAGUUCUGUGAGGAGAGGAGCUGUCCUGGGGAUCUAGAGAUCUGCUCGGGUCAUGGGGAGUGCAUCCGAGCCAGUCUGACCUGUCAGUGCCAGCCUGGAUGGUAUGGAUCCGGAUGUCAGAUAGCGGACUGUCCAGGUGAACCGGAUUGCAACGGUCGAGGAGUGUGUGACAGCAGCCAGAGGACCCCCACUUGUAGGUGUGAUGCUGGCUAUAUGGGCUUCUCUUGUGAAUCCGCCUGUGUGAAUGGAACUGUAGUCCAGCAAGAUCAGAGCUUCUCCUGUCAGUGUGAUGUAUGCUACUCGGGGCCAGGAUGUGAUGUCCUUUGCGGGGGUCAUGGAACCUGCUGGGAGGGACAGUGCACCUGUGACAAAGCCUGGUGGGGAGCUGACUGCACAGAGCGGGGAUGCCCGGGGACUAAUCAGAGCUGUUCAGGCCAGGGCUACUGCACCCUGGUGGACCAAACCUGUGACUGUGACACCCACUGGAAGGGAGAGGGCUGUGACGUACCAGAUUGCCCCGGGACCCCAGACUGUAACAUCAGAGGUUAUUGUGAUGUUGAGAAUUACUUCCCACCCAGAUGUGUCAACUGCUCUCUGUCCAUGGGGCCAGCCUGUGAGUACCCCUGUGUUCACGGCCAUGAGUUUCCUGCCUUCAGCACGAGCUGUGAGUGCGAGCCCUGCUACUCAGACCCAGGCUGUCAAACCGAGUGCUCUGGACAUGGCAGCUGUAACAACCAGACUUGUCUUUGUGAAGCUGGCUACAAAGGCAACCUCUGUGAAAAUCUGGAUUGUCCAGGUGAGCCGGACUGUUCGGACUGGGGCCACUGUGUGCUGAAGAACAACACUGCCACCUGUGUGUGUUUCCCCGGAUUUGCUGGAGACAACUGCUCCGACCUGGUCUGUCCGGGACAGUGCAGUGGGAAUGGGGAGUGCCUUGUCCCCACCGGUGCCUCUGCCCCCCUCUGUAUGUGUGACCACGGCUUUGGAGGCGAGGCCUGUGACAGGUGCCUGACAAACUUUGCUGGGUCCCAGUGUGAGAGAUGUCAGACAGGAUACAUUGGAUACAACACAACAUGCAGCACCAUUUGUCUGCAUGGCUAUGCUACAGAACUAGGUGGAGAUACCUGUAAGUGUUACAAUGAUGACAACAAUGGUCACUGGGCGGGAGCAGGGUGUGGCAACUGUAUGAAGGGCUGGAACCCCCCAACCUGCACAGAAUGCGACCCAGAUUAUGUGGGCCCUGGCCACUGUACCAUACCCUGUGUUGAUCAGCAAGGAGAAUACGGAGACACUCAGGAUGGACCCCCAGGAUCUCUCCCAGUGGAGCCCGCCUUCACAUGCUACACAGAGGAGGCCCCAGAGCUCUACAGGGUGUGGUUUGGCUACAACAAUCCUAGUCCCCACAAUGUAUACAUCUCAGACGAGGGGGAAAACUUUGUCCAUUCACCCCUACCCUCAGUGAUGCCCCCUACUCAGUUUGCUUCCGGAAAUUUUUCCUAUGCAUUUUCAGUAGGCCCAACUAACAAGUCUUCUAUAUGGUGGUACCUCCUGACCGCAUCAGCCAAUGAAGAGAGAAAUAUCUCAGCAUCCUUUGAUGAACAAUUUUUGUGUCCUACACUGCCUGUCCAACAAAACCCAACCAAUGGAACAGGGUACUGCAAGUGUGUCCACGGGUACUGGGGAGCCGCAUGUCAGAACGAGUGCCCAGGGGGUGCUGCUGAUCCUUGCUAUGGUAAAGGGUCCUGUGAUCCAACAAAUGGAAGCUGUACCUGUGUCGCUGGGGCCAAUUCAACAGACAACUGCCAGACGUGUGUCAGAAACUGGAUUGGAGCAGACUGCUCAGUGGCCAAAACUGAACAAGCACAACUUGAUGGGGGAAUGGCGAAGAGUGGUGUGUAUCACAAUGGUUUAUUCCAAACAUAUGAUGGCGCACUCUACCACUAUCAUCGCCCAGGAGAGCACCUGCUGUCUUCCUUCUCUGCUUUUACAACAAUUUCUAUAGAUAUUCAUGUUUUACUGGUGAUUUCCUCAGACAAGUACAACAGCGUCAGCACUCAGGGUUGUGGAUUCAAACUUGGUACUAAUUCCAUCCAAAUACUGACAAAAACUCCAGGGAAUCAUGUUGUUUGGUACAAUGGAGAAAUUCAGGAAGUGGGAGACAAGCUCAAAAUCUCAAAUGAUGCAUAUCUGAUACGAAUUGCAUAUAACAACUACCAGCUUAGAAUUGCCGACCAACUAGUUGUAGACAUUUUCUUGUUUGAAGCCUGGAUGAAUGUGAUGUUCAAAGUCAAUCCAGAUCUUUGUGCCUCAGCUGUAGGUCUUUUGGGCCAUUGUAACAACAGAACCAAUGAUGACUUCAAACUAAAGUCUGGGCUUCUGUUAACACCAGAGAUUGGAGGAACCCUUUCCCAAGAUUCUAUUCAUAACAGGUUUGGUCCGUCGUGGCUUGUUCCAGCAGUCAAUUCAAUCUUCACCAGCUUGCAGAAUGUUCCAAAUGGAGGUGGCAGAGGAUUGAGUAUAUCUGGUGCUCAUUUGAUAAGUCCACCUCUAUAUACUUUUUCUCAGUCUCAAGUUACUAUAGAGAUAAAAUUUAGAUUAAGUCAAAGUUAUGGAAGAUGUCAGACAAUAUGGUCAUAUAAGAAUGCAAAUGUCUUCAGCAUUCUUGCUUGCAAUGGACUAGUCAGCAUUCACUACAUGAAUGAGAGAAGAGAUUUAUCAGCAGUUAGAAUUUCCUUAAAUGUUUGGUACCACCUUGCAGUGACAUGGCUAAGUCAAACAAGAACAUUGAAUGUGUACACAUUUACACAGAGACUCACAGCAUCAUCACAGUUUACCAUCUUUGAAAUUGAUAAACCCAAUCCUUUCAUACCAGGAGGAACCAUUAUGAUUGGCCAAUGGAAUUAUCCAGAAUCUAGUAGAGUUGGAGUGGGGUGGGACUUAUAUGGUUAUGUUGAUGACUUCCGGAUAUGGAGAAAAGUCUUGUCAAUAUCAGAAAUACAAAUAAAUGCAUUCAGUCACAUUGAACGAAAAGUAAACAAAUUAUCAAACCAUUGGAAAUUUAAUGAAGUUUCAAAUGUUCAUAUUGAUAUCAUUGCUGGCCUUAACUUUCAAGAAUUCUCAAGUCCUUGGCCUUAUCCGCAGUCAGUGUUGAUGGAUUAUGCUAUCUCAUCUCCUCUACUGAAUGUCUACCAACUGUACAACUUGCCAAUUUCUAAAACAUCAGAAAUAAGCCAAGCCUGCUAUAACUUCAUAUUUUCAGCCCAAUUUAGUACAGUCUGCUCUUCCCUUGGAGCAGUAACAAUGGAAUUCUUUAAGCAACAGUGCAUAUUUAGUGCUGUAGUUUCUGGUAAUGUUCAAAAUGCUAUGGAAGUAGUGUUGUCCCUCUCAGAUUUAUGUGAAGACAGACACCAGAUGAGAUGGCCUGCCAGAGAAUUGUGCCAUUCUUUUCCAAUACGACCAUUUCCACUUUGGACAGGGGAAAGUUGUAAUGUGAGGUGUGAGUCAGGACUCUACAACAAUGGUUCAUGUCUCUGUCGCCAUGGGUUCUGGGGCCCUGAAUGUGAAAAACUUUGUCCCCAUGUUAAUGGCAAAUCGUGUGGUGAAGAAGGAACUUGUAACAUGCAAACUGGUGACUGUAAAUGUUCAGAAAAUUUCGCUCAAGGGUGUAAUCAGUGUAUGCCAGGCUGGUUUGGAAAAGACUGUUCAUCAGCAAGAAUCGAUUAUAGUGUAACUGCCAGUGCAUUUUGUUCGGUCAGUGGCAAAUCUCAUUAUGUUAUGUUUGAUGGACAAACAUUUACUUUGGAAAAGGCUGGUGAAUUCCAGUUACUUCAAACUGCUACACUUUCAGUUUAUGUGAGACAAUUAAAUUGUGGAAAGUUCACUUUUUGCAUAAAAGAAGUUUGGAUUCAGAUCAACUCAGACAGCCUUACCAUUCAAUCCCCAUUGGAAAAUGAAGAAACAUUUAUUCUUUGGUAUAACAAAAAGAAAAUCCAAAUAGAAACAUCUCUAGAAAUUUCUGGGCAUACUAUUAGAAUCGAAAACCAGAAUUUGUUAACUGUGACUUUUGGAUCAAAUGAGGUCAGAAUCAGCUUCUGGGAAAGACUAUUUCAGUUAACAGUGAAACUUGACAAGUCUCUUUGCAGAGUUUCAAAUUCCCUGGGAUUAGCUGGAAAUUGUGAUGAAAAUGUUGAUAAUGAUUUUGUUGUUGGUCUUGGAAAAUAUGUGAAACAAUCUGAAAUCACGAAAGAAAUUAUACACUCAACUUUUAGCAAGUAUUGGGAAGUGAAACAAGGGUUGGAAAAAGGUUUCAUAUACAGUCACGGAUCUCUUCAAGAACCAGUUGGAAUCUAUGGACAUGGCUUUAGCAUGCUCUUUAAUGGGAGUGGCUGUUACUCUUCAUUGCUAUCAAACCACUUCAGUAACUCCGGUUCUGGAACAAUUCAGUUUAACUUUAAGUCCGAGUCAAGAAUUGGCGUAAUCAUAGCAUUCCAGUCCACCACGUCAUUAACAGUUUCUCUAAACAACACGGUUCGCAUCCAGUGGGGUUCACUGCAUAUUGAUUCCAAAUUGCAAGUCAUCUUGAAAAAAUGGUACCAGUUUGCUCUGUCAUAUGAUGCAUCAUUGAGAUCACUUACUAUAUAUGUAUUGCUGGAUCAUGAAGUGGCAUGGUGGACAUCAACAACUGCAUCAGAAGCUGUUCUGAAACAGACUGGAAUUCUUAGAAUCGCUGAAUGGAAGGACAAUGCUCCACUUCAACUCUCUUCUUUCUAUGGACAAGUAAAUGAAAUAAAGACAUGGAACUACCCACAUCCCGUGUACAAGCUGUUGUUCAGUGCAUCAUAUAAACUAUCUUUGGAUUUCUCAACUCUGACAGCAUACUGGAAUUUUAAUGAAGGAUCCGGAUAUUUAGCCAUUGAUGUUAUUUCUAAACACAAAAUAAUCUUACCACCGUACAAUGCUUAUUGGUGGGUGUCUGACUUGGAAUUGUUUGAAGUAUCAAAAAAUGUACCAGAAGUGGAUCCUAUGUUGAAAGAGAUUGCAUUGAAAUUCUGCAGAGAAAUCAUCUUGAACUCACCAAUUCAAAAGACUUGCAGCAAUUUUGGAAUGACAGCCAACAGUUUCUUCUAUCUUUCAUGUGUAUCCGAUGUAAGCGUUUUAAACGAACUAGCUGCUGUAGCUAUUUUGCAGCAAUAUGCCGAAUUUUGUGAUGCAGUUGAACAUCCUACAAACCCCUCCUUGACUACCUUAUGUUUGGAUACAAAUUACACAAAAACUUUAAACGAUUCUUUAUUUGAUGCACUUUGCUUGGAUUUAUGUAAAUUUGGAUAUUUUGAUAAGAAUAGAAACUGUGUCUGCAACAAUGGCUAUUGGGACGUGGACUGCAGCCAAAUAUGCCCAGGCGGACUAGAAUUAGCGUGUGGUGGAGAUGGUCUUUGCGACCAGAUAUCUGGCAAAUGCCUAUGUCCUCCAACCAUGGAUCCUGAUACAAAUUGUACAUCAUGUCUAGCUGGUUGGACAGGUACAAAUUGCUCUGUGAUGAUACCAGAUAUAGUAACACCUACAACACAAGCGACAAGUACUACUGAAACAUCGGGAUAUUCCACUCAACUUUCAGAAGUGACAACCAACAAUUACUCUGAUAAAACUACUACACCACCAAUAGAUAAUACAAAGCAUGCUUGCAUGUUGUUUGGCCAGGGUCAUGUAUACACAUUUUCAAAAGCCAGCUUUGAGUUUCCUUAUGCUGGAGAAUUUCGUGUUCUAAAAUCAAACACCAGUGAUCAACACCCUGAAAUUCACGUUCGAACAACAUACUGUUUUAAUUCCUCCGUAUGCAUCUCAGCAGUAGCUAUUCGGUAUGGUUCUGACCUUUUUGUGGUGCGAUCAGGCUAUUCCUCAGAAUCGCAAUUUAUUAUAUGGAAAAAUGAUUUGAGACAAGAUUUCAAUGAUACAGCAAGUAUUGUACUAAACAAAAUCAAACUAAAUCGGAUCUCCAAGUCAAAAAUAAUAAUACAAAACAUAGGGGGAAGCUUCUUUAAGGUAAUAAUCAGAGGUCUACUAAAGAAACUUAGUGUGACGGUACGAUUGGAGUCAUUGUUGUGUGAAAAUUCCCGAAUGUUGUGUGGAUCAUGUGGCGACGAUCAAAUUCAAAUCUAUAAGGAAUCAUGGAGAGUGACUCCUGAAAACACGUUAUUUAAUUGUAUGUUUUUAGACAGUGCCUUGAAAGAAACGGUGAACGUGUCAACAGCUGGCUACAGUGUAUUCCUAAAUAAAAGUGAAAUUACAAAUGACUUCAUGGAAAAUAUCAUUAUGCCGAACAUUGAUUUUACAAUUGAACUGGCUGUAAAACCAUCUGCUGCAAAAGGCGUGAUUUUGUCAUAUCGAACACUCGUUGGUUUUGAUCUGUUUAUCGAUGUUACAUUCAAAAUAAUGGUGAAUGGUUCCAUCUUUGAUACAGGAAUAACUGCAGUUCUAGAAGAAUGGCAUCAAAUAACUAUUGUUUGGCAAGACGUUAAUCACAAAAUUGUCUUUUAUUCAUAUUGCGAAAACGGAGCAUUUCUAUUCAUGUCAUUUACAGUGUCUCAAAAUUUCUAUUUUGAAAACUACGGCUAUAUUGGUUUAGGGCAUCCACUCUACCCAUAUGUCCGCCAGUUUUCAAGUAAAGCUGAACAUCAAUAUUUUGUUGGUGAAAUUGAUGAAUUAAGGGUUUGGCACAAAGCAUUGUCAUAUGUCGAUGUUGUUCAACAAAGACUAACCCGAAUUCAGAUUAACUCAAAUUUGCUAUUGUGUUAUUGGAAAUUUGAUGAAGGAGAAGGAAAUAUAAUAAAAGACUUAGUCAGUAACUACGACUUUAAGAUUGUAAACUAUGGAACAUUAAGAAACCAUGUAAUUUGGCGGUUUUCUGGUUUGCCAUUUCAACCGCCAUAUUUGCCAUACUUCAAUUCAUUUCCGAACAUUGAAAAACAAAUUAAGGCUCAAAGAAAAUGUAAAGCGAUUGUAAACAACGUAGUAUUUCAGCCUUGUGUUGAAGCAAUUGGGAGGGGAUACUUGAAUUUAUUCUAUGUUGCAUGUGUGGACGACGCAGCUGGCUCUCUGAACAUCGAGGCUUCAAUGUCAGUCUCAGUUGAUAUGAGUGACUACUGUCAGGAAGUAGGGACACUGACUUCAUGGCCAGCUCAAAAUUUAUGUCAAGAGUUUAAAGAAUUUCCUGACUGGGUGGGACCUAACUGCAAUACACCGUGCAAAUACCCCCAAACCUUUGCAUUAUCAUCAGAAAGUAGUUGUGCUUGUCAACCAGGAUUUUGGGGCCGAUCUUGCGAUGCCACAUGUCCUGGUGGACUUCUGAAUACCUGUUCUGGCCAUGGUAUUUGUAAUACAUCUACAGGAGCUUGCCGGUGCUUCUCAAAUUGGAAAGGCAUUAAUUGUGAUCAAUGUGUUAAUAACUGGUACGGUGAAGACUGUUCUGUAGCUGUCCAGACCAAAAUUUCUAAAAUUUCACCCAGAAUAUGUACCUUGGCAGGAAACGGUCUUUUGAGUGCAUUAGAUGGAGCAAGCCUUAAAUUGCAAGAAUAUGGUACUUUUGAAUUUUUUAGAACUGUCAAAAAUGUCAACAUCCAGGUCGUAACACAAGCUUGUGAUGAAUUUAAACCGUGCAUCCUUAAUGUUGGAAUGCAGUUUCAGAAUUCUAAAAUUUUAACUGUGAGUGCAUUAAAUGGUGGAACAUUAAAACUGGAUGGAAAAGUGCUGGAUUCGUUUUAUCAACUACACUUAUCUGAAAAAAAUGUCGUUACUAGAAAAGAUAAAUAUACCUAUGAGAUUACUGGACCAAACGACCUUGUUGUGCAAAUAUUCAUUGAAGAGGGAUACAUCAAUCUAUUUGUUUCAAUCACACAAUCUGGAUGUGCUGGAAAUUCUGGACUUUGUGGAUUUUGUCAAAACCAGUUGAUGUUUUGUAGGUCUACUGAUCUGGAUUGUUUAAUAAGAAAAUAUGGAUUAGCGAAAGUUAUUACUAACAAAAAAAUACCAAGUAGUGUAAUCUUGAAAUACUUGCAAAGGUUUUUAGUCGAUGACACAAACAAUAUUAUUUUACCAUUCAAUCCGAAAGGAAAUAUUACAACUGGAUUUGGUAUUGCAAUUACCGGUAAUGGUGGCUUCAUGUCAUCUCCCGUUUUCACCGCUCAACAAUUGUCUUCUGAAUACAUAACUCUACAACUGAGAACCAGAAUACAUAGCUGCACAGGAGAAGAAAAUGCUUGUGUUGUUUUUUCAUAUUCAAAUCAGGAUACGUUUGCAGUCAUCAUUAUUGAUGGACACUUUUACGUCCAGUUUGGGUCAAAUUUAUACAAGACUUCUAUACCUGUCCAGGUUUCAAUAUGGAUACAGAUUUCGAUAAUAUAUCAACGCACAACUGGUCACCUGAUUUUUCACUAUCUCAGUCGAGAACAAUCGGUGAACGCAUAUCUUAUUAUUUCUCAACACGUUUUUAAUGUUGGGGGAACGUUAGUGAUCGGUCAAUGGCAGGAAAGCUUGAGCGGGAUUGGAAUACCACCAGGUGGAACGUUUGUUGGUGAUGUUGACAGAAUUUUGGUCUGGAACAGACAUUUAACAUACUCGGAGAUAGUUCUUUACUGGCAAUCUCCUCUUCAUAAUCCAAUCGCAGGAUUGACCAUGGGAUGGAAUUUCAACGUUGGAAAAGGUUUGAUCUUACAUGACAUGGUUUCGAAACAUGCAAUUAUUAUAAGCGCAGUGGGUACUUACUGGAUUGAAAGUGAUUUUUACCAAGAAGGAAGAACAGAAAUUAUCUCGUUAACCAUCAAAUAUCCAGUAGAAGUGUCCGAGUCCAUAACUUCGUUUUGCUCAAAAAUAACAACAGGGACUAUAUUGGCAAAUAGCUGUAAAAGCCUAAGCAGUUUCAGCACGUUCUACCACACAUUUUGUGUCAUAAAUAUUGCGACAACUAUGUCACAAAGUACUGAUGUUUCAUUGGAUGUGAUAAUCUCUUUUUCAAGUCUGUGUCAAGUGUACGAAGAUCUCACAAAUUUUCCAGCCCGCCAGUUAUGUAACUCAUUUGAAAGUCGAAAUUUUCCUAUUUGGAAAGGUAGUGACUGCUCAAUACAAUGUGUUUUUGGAACGGUUUCAAGUGAUAAAUGUCUUUGUGACAUGGGGUACUGGGGAUCAACUUGUACAAAUGAGUGCCCAGGAGGUUACCGAUCCCCAUGCAAUAAACACGGAACAUGCGAUGAAGCGACGGGAAAUUGCCUUUGCCAGGUUCAGUGGAAUGGAAAUAGUGAGUGUGGUGCUUGUGCUAAAGGGUAUACAGGGACUGACUGUAGCAUUAUGGAACCCAUUAUUUCACCAGAUGACACUUAUUUUCAUGGCUGUUACAUCAAUCAUAAAAGCGAGUUCUGGAACUUUACAAAUGUGGGACAUGGCCUUUCCAACAGGGAACCUGGAAUAUACAGAUUUAUACAUAUGGGGGAAAUCCAAAUAGAGGUUGAAAUAAUUUCAUGCUUCCAACGUCGCAAAAUCAGUCUUUGUUUAAACAGCAUAGCCACAAAAAUUAAAGAAACAACUAUCAUAGUAAAACGGAAUCAAACUGCAGAGGAAGACGAAAGGGGAAUAUUCUAUAUAAAUGGAACAAAAGUCGAUUUGAAGACUGAAAGAAGUGUUACAAUCGGUGUGUCCGGCACGUGUUCACUAAAAAUCAAAAGAGUAAAUAAAUCUUGCCGAAAAUUUAGGUUAAAAUCUAGCAGCCUUGGUCUUAACUUUCUCAUUCGGUGGUUUGAUGAUAGAAUAUUUGGAACAUUUAAUGUCUCAAGAAAAAUGACUUGUCUCUUUCCACCCACUGGUCUCUGUGGCACGCCUUUAACAGAAUGCAGUGAUACUUCUUCUUUCCCAUGCGGACUUAACAACCUAACAAUACAAAAUGAAUUAACAGAUUUCAAAGUUCCAGACAAUGAAUCGAUAUUAAGCUUAGCCGGAAUGAAGACUGUGAUAUCCGGACUAGGCCCAGGAAACUGUGUUUGCUUUAACGACGGAUCUAUGAUCUCACAGAAUCUGAAAAUAUUCAAGAAGACCUCCUCUACCGUGGAAUUUUUUGUUAAAACAUGUAAAUAUAAAUCUUGUUUAGGAACUAUGUUUUCCUAUACUUGGGGACCCACGUUUACUUUGCGGAAUUAUUAUGGAGAGUUAAUUGUAACCGUUGGCGACCAAUGGGAAAAUACUGGCCUAAUGCUAGAGAAUAAGCUUUGGAACCAAGUGUCUAUAUCAGAGGCAUAUGGUUAUGCAGAUGUCUAUGUAUUUAACAGUAAAGGAAAAUUUCGUAGAAAAAUGCUUAACUUUACAAAUUACUAUCCAAUGUUCCCGAGUGAAGGCACUUUGAGUUUAGGGAAAUGGCAGCCUUCCUCAGAUGGCAGUGGAACCCAGCCUUCCCGGGAACACUUCGUGGGAUGCAUUGAUGAGCUACGAAUAUGGGACAAUUAUCUGUCGAUAUUGACGUUAGCAACCCACUGGAACAGAACCUACACUAAGGAUGAACCAUUUCUGGAAGCACUUUGGAAGUUCGACCAAUUUGAUCAAGUUAUGCUCUCGGAAUAUCCUAUCGAUGAAACUACUGAUGAAUCUGAUGCCAGGUUAGUUCUGAAAAAUCCUUUUACACCUUUCCGAGGCGCUGUACUAACCGUAUCGGAUGCCCCAAUUCCUUACAUCAUUCAAACUGAAAUCACUACAACUGAAAUUGCUACAAGACGGAGAAGAAAGAGAUCAACAGUUACCGUUGUGUCCGUCUGUGACAUUAUUUUCAUGGAAAGCCAGUUUGCUAGAACAUGCUUGCCUAUAGGAGAAGUCCUUCAGAAGAAAUAUUACUACGACUGUGACACAGCCACAGGGGUUAAAGAUGUCACCGAAGCAAUCAUUGACUACUCUGAUUACUGCCAAAACUUGCUGGGUUUGUCAACCUGGCCAGCUUCCAGCUUAUGUGAAGAUUCGAAAGUAAAGAGCUACAUAUAUACAGUAAUGGGGGAAUAUUGUGAACCCGUUUGUGCGUUUGGAAAGAAAAAUCUAACAAAUGGCUGUGAAUGUGAUCUUGGAUACUGGAACACAACCUGUGACGAGAUUUGUCCGGGAGGGUACUCCAAACCUUGCUCUGGUUAUGGUAACUGUGAUCAGCUUUCCGGGACUUGUCAGUGUCCAGUAAACAGACGCGGUUCGGAAGAUUGUUUACUAUGUUCCUCUGGUUGGCUUGGUGAAAAUUGUGAAAUAGCAGAAAAUAAUUUCACUGCAACAAACAAGUCUGUUGCACAGUUUAGCGGGUUAGGACACAUUUAUAAUUUGGACGGACUUUUUUUCAUUAUCAGAAAACCCGCGGAAUAUAAUUUUUUGACUAUCGCUAGUAACGUUCUUGUUAUUGGAAAACUUAUUUCGUGCUAUCAAAACUUUACAUGUCUUUCUUUUCUUGGAAUUCGAAUCGAUGAUGAUCAACAUGGCUACGUCUCUACAACUGUGCAACAUUCAAUCGGAAAAGACAGAAGUCUUGUAUUUUUCCUUGAAAAUACAGAAUUUUCUCUUGAUACACCAAUUUAUUUCAAAGGAAUGUCUGUAUCAAAGGCCCAGUCAGAUGAAAUAAGAUAUAUGAUUAAUUCAGAGAUUGAAAUCAUUGUUCGACUGCAAGGAAGGUACCUUAAUGUGCAGAUCAACCUUCCAAACUCAUUGGUAUCAAGUACAACUGGGCUACUCAGUGGAAAAGGAUCUAUGCAAUCGACUUCAAAAUUAGACCAUUUAUUGUAUACCGAAGUAUAUCAAAUGAAAACCUGUAAAUCAAACAGUAGUAAACAGAUGUCUUCUUCUGUUCCUUAUCAAGAAUUGCUGACAAUGAGAUAUGUCACUUCCAAUAAUACUUUCAAUGAAAGUAGCAAACUUAAUAUUGAAAGAUUUGAAGUAACACCUUGUGAUCGAAUAAUUUUUUAUCCAAGUAAGUCAUUUGAAGCCCAAGGAGUUGGCGGAUAUAACCUUAACUUUCAGUUUGCCAAUGCGUUUACCUUGGUUGAUUUUCAAAAGGAAACUGGAGACAAUUUGACACUUGAGUUCCUCAUAAAGCUACAAAAUUCAUUAGAUGCGGGAGGUUUGAUAAUGUCAAUCACUAAUGAUGACAGCUUCCUUUUGGUUAGCAGUCCUCUCUUCGAAAUACACUACAACAACCAAGUUUACAAUACUAGUAUUGAACUAGAGAAAGGAAAAUGGAACAAAGUAGUAUUAAUGUAUAUUAGAAGUACGGGAAACACAGAAAUAUAUCAGUUCAAUAGUACAGGUUUCAUACAAAGAAGAAAUCUGAAACUUCCAGCGAAUUUAUUUAACAGCACCGGCUUGCUGUCCAUUGGCAAUGCUCAACCACCAUCAAAUGGCAUGCCAUUCCGGAUACCUCCAAGUCUAAAAGGACAAAUUGAUAAUGUUAUUCUCUGGAAUAUACCGGUCGAACCAAAUAUAAUUCUAGACAUUUGGAAAAUUGAUCCCAUUGAUGUGAGACAUUUGUUGAUUUCUGUUUGGACUUUUGAUGAAGGAGACGGAACAACAUCUACUGAUCUACUUCGGGAGAAAAAAAUCUCUUUUCCCAAUGAACCAUGGUCAUUGCCUUUAUGGGAACCAAGCGACUUUGAGUAUUCAAAAUAUAUAUACCCAGAAAUUUCCCAAUUUUACUUCUGGAACCAAACUUUAAUGUUUAUUGGAGAACAACUAUGUGGGAGGAUUUUUAAUGACCAAAGUAUACGCUUACAAUGUUCACAAAUCUCAGAUUCGAUAAAAACUGCAUACUAUUUAUCUUGCAUGCAAAGUUUAUCAGCCACCAGCGACCAGUCAGCAGCGUAUAAUAUUCUACUGCUAUAUGGAGAAAAUUGUCGGGUCACAAUAGAUCCUACGUCCAAUAUUACAGAUGAAAUAUGCAGAGAAAUAUUUGAAAAAAAUAUAGAAACAACCAACUGCUUCAAAAUAUGUAAGAACGGAGUAAUGUCAGCAUCUGGAAAAUGUGUGUGUUUCAAUGGUUUCUUUGGAUCAACGUGUAAUGAUGUCUGUCCCGGGGGAUCUCUGAAUUCUUGCAGUAAUCACGGAAUAUGCAAUGAAUCAGGGUCGUGCAACUGUGAAUGGAACUGGGAUACAACAAAUUGUUCCUCUUGUGUAAAUGGCCUAAACGGGACUGAUUGUCAUGUGUUAAACAUUGCUCAAUUAAGUGAUCCCAACAACAGAUAUAAAGCAUAUGCCACAGGUUUUGCUGACUUCCUGACAUUUUGGGGUGAACAGAUUACACUGAAUACAAUCUCUGGAGUGUUUACCUUAUUUCAAACUGCAUCAAUAAAUAUCCAAAUUUACCAAGUGACCUGUAAGAUUGACUCCAGCUGUGUAAUUGCUGUCUCUUUCCAAUAUAAUAACACAAGUUUGGUUAUUGUUUCUUCAGGACACGAAAGCAGACUUCCUUCUGUGUACGUAAACAAAACAGAAAUUGGAUUAAAUGAGCUAAACACAACCAUUUCAGAAAUUCAUUUGACAUUAAUUUCAACGAACGAAAUGAAACUCAAUACUUCUAAUUUGGAAUUGGGAAUCUUUACACCAGGAAAUCUUCUGGAUAUAAAUAUUAUAUCAAACACGUAUCCUUGCUUAAAUGGUAUUUUGUGUCCAGGAAUAACUUACUCAAUGAAAUCAAAACAGGAAAUAACAAACUUUGUGUUAAACAAUUUUAAAUUAACGUCUGGGACAUUGGUGGAAACGCUAUCCUCUGUUUAUAAGGAAGAUAUUGCAAAUACGGUGGGUUUCUCCUUGUUUUUCAAUGGAACUGCAACAGUAUCCCUGCCAAUCCAAUACUCUACGGCGUCCUUAUUCAAUUAUACAUCAUUCAGCAUUGGUGUGUACUUCAAGCCAUUGAAGACUGGAGGAGUCAUUAUAACCUACAGUGGAAACUCGACAUUUUCCCUUAUUAACACCGAUACUUUAUCUAUUCAAUGUGGAGAUACAACAAUCAAAACAACAAUUUCAACCAGUAAUGAUGUUUGGAAUCAAAUUAUUCUCACAUUUGAGUCUAUCUCAUUAAGCCCCUCCGAAACUACGAGAAGUACAAUACACAUCUACCAUUUCAGCGACAACAGUUCUGUAACUUACCAAAAGAAAACAAUAGAUUGCGAGAAACUAUUUCAAGAGGGUGGCGUAAUUGCUCUUGGUGCGUGGGUUCCAUCUGUUAACAACAUGAAGAGAGAAGUGAACAACUUCUUUGAAGGAUAUAUUGACGAGUUCACAAUUUGGAAAGACCCAGUGCCAUAUGAAGUUAUUAUUCAGGCACAGAGAUUAGAUGUCAAGCUUUCAGGGUUCACUAGAAAUUUAACAGCACUAUUUUCCUUCUCAGAGGGCAUAGGUGUAACAUCCUUUGAUACGAUUCUUGGAAAUAACUUGUACCUACCAAAAUACCCAUGGCAAAGUCCAACAUGGAAAUCUUCAGACCUCAGAUUAAAAGUGCUCUCCGAAUACCAAAACUUUUUUUUGCCAGUCUCAGUAAGAGCGGAAAGUCUGUGCUCUAAUUUUUUUGAUUCACAAAAAGUUCUUCAACAAUGUUCAGGACGUUCUUCUCAAGUAUUUUGGUGGUUCAAACAAAAAUGUCAACAUUUAGCAACCGUUCAACAAGCAGAUGCAAUUGUUACAAUGGUCAGUUUCAUAAAAUCCUGCGAAUUAGUUUCAAUGGCUUCCGUGGAAGAUCUAUACCAGGUUGUAUGUAAACUUAAUGUAACUCUGCCUGAAUGGAUUUUGCGUCGAUGCAAUGGUUGUCAAUUUGGACAAAUCAAUGAUUCUUCACCUGGGAAUUGCAUUUGCUACAAAGGCUUUUUCGGGGAUCAAUGUAACAAAAUGUGUCCUAACGGUGCCGUCUCGCCUUGUAAUAACCAUGGAAAGUGCGUGAAAAAUGGAACUUGUAUUUGUGAGGGUCACUGGACUGGAGAGGCAUGCGAAGUGUGUGACUUUCCUUGGGAAGGUGAUGACUGCAUCAUUAUGAGAACUGGACACUAUCUAAACCCAACAAAUCUUGUCGGACAAAUAAGUGUGCUUGGACAGGUAAUCACAUUCGAUGGUUUAACUUUUGACGUAAAGCAAAUUGGAAAUUACAUCAUUUUUGAGGACACAAGUAUUGGCAUAAAAUUUCAUGCAUAUUUUUCGACUUGUUUGUCAACAAAUGUUAAUCAUCUGUGUCUGAAUAUGAUAACAAUACAGAUCAACGAGGACCGCUUCUUUAUCAAAACUAAUGGAUUUCAGAAAAGUCAAGUUACAGUAUACUCUUCCUCUGGUGAACUACAAGUAUUUACAUCGAAGCAGGAGAAUAUUUUAAAUUUAGUUCUGGAAUCGCCAAACGUCCUUCGUGUGAGCGUGAGAGAAAUAGAAUUAACUUUGAAAAUUACAAUGAUUAGCCAAAGACUGCUUUUAACGGUAUCCUUCAGCAAAGAAAUGUGGUCGAUUAAUGCAAAAACUAUCAAUGGACUUUUGUCAUCGUGCAAUACCACAUCUGCUAUACGACUUGCCUCUUGCUCUCAUGUAUCGCGCAGUGACAUUUGCUCAGCUGUUUCACACACAGACAGUUGUCAAGACUCCCUGUCAUGGAAUGCUUUAAUAAUGUACAUUCGAAAGUUCUUAUCAAAUGAUACACAAAUUGAGGGUUAUGUGAACAGUGAAAAAAUUGUCACUGGUUCAUCUUGCAUGCGUUUCAACGGAUCUGGAAUUUAUGUGAAUGAACUUGUUUUACCCGAAAACCAUUUUACAAUCGAAUUAAGUAUAAAUCCCGAGAAAUAUGAAGGAGCGUUUCUAUCGUACAAGAACACUGAACAACACUUCAUCCUGUAUAUCUCGAAAAGAGGUCUUAUGAUUACCGCAAACAAUGUACAUCUGGAUAUUGGGAUACUUAUAGAUUUAAAUCAAUGGAGUCAAAUAAGUCUGGCAUGGCAGGAACACGUUAGUAUUCUAGAGGUGUAUGUUACUUCUCAUCUUGGAGUAACUGUCGUCAAAGCUGUAGCUCUCAACUCAAAAAUAUUCCCCCCUGGUGGAACUUUAACAAUUGGAACAUUGGGCAACAUUCCCUCAGUCAAAAAUCUUGGCACUUUCUUUGGAUCAAUUGAUGAAAUUAGAAUUUGGUCUAGACCACACAACCCAACCAUCGUCGUGAACAACUGGAAGUUAUUAGUCUCGCCUGACACACCUGAUAUAUUUAUGGCAUGGCCCUUAAACGAUGGACAUGGACCAGUUGCUUCAGAACUGAAAGGUUUACAAAGUAUGUUGACAACGGAUUACAGCCACCCACCGUCUUGGAUUGUAACUGAUUUGGAACUUUUACCUAAUUUUGAAUUAACUUCAACAAUAUUCACUGACUCUGUCUCACCCCCAGCUAUUUCUACAGAAAAAUGUGAUGAGCUAUUCAAAAAUGCAGCGAUUCGGUUUCAGGUUCAACUACCGAAUGCACUUACGGCAUAUUACGAACAAUGUAAGAAAAUCGUAGAAGAAAGUAAUGAUGAUUCCGUCGCAGAGCUUCUCUUGUUUAGCAUCAGCGAGUUGUCCCAUGAAGUAUCUAAUCAAACAACCAAUCCAACUCAAAGUAUUUGUGAAGCAUUUGACAAAUAUGAAUCGUACAUUGGAUUCUACGGAACGAAUUGUUCAAGAGAAUGUGACUUUGGAACAGUCGUGGUUGAGAACUGUACUUGUGAUUCCGCUCAUUAUGGUGUAGAAUGCCGAGAUGCAUGCGCUCUAGGACCAAAUGGUGUUUGUAACGCUGAAGGACUCUGCAACUUAGGUGUCUGUAAUUGUCAUAGGCACUGGCUCGGAAAUGAUACAAAUAUCAGAAUGUACUGGGAGAACUAUUUAGGAAGAAGCUAUGAUAUUGUACUGAAUGCUUCGACAACAUGUUCGAUAUGUUCUUAUGGUAUGUCCACUUCAGAUUGUUCUGUGUUUGUGCAAGAAGCAAGUGGUACUGUAUCUAAAGUUGGAUUUAUAUUUGGAUCAUAUGUGACAACUUUCGAUGGAGCAUUGUAUGAAAUAACCAAUUCCGGAAUUUAUACCGUCUUUAAAACUACCGCUUUUUCUGUUCAAGUUUUGUUUUGGCCAUGUUUUAAUGAUUUGUCCUGUAGACUUGUUCGUGAGAUAGCGUUUCAAGAAGAGGGAAACAUUGUAAAUAUUGUUUUGAUUGAUAACGAAAUGAGGCUUCUGCAGCAAAAAUACAAAACACUUGAAUUUCCUUUGAAAACAGAUGUAGGAAAAAUUUCUGUGAAAUGGAUUUUUGAAAACUACAUUCGUAUUACUUUAGGUUCUCUCUCGGUUUUAGUAAGCAAAUCGACUGAUGGGUUGAUAUGUCGAUUCAAACUUUCUCAGGAUUAUAAGUUAGCUACUGGAAUUCUAGGAAAUACAGAUGGGGUUUGGUGGAAUGACAUCGCUCCUUUUAAUGACUCAAUAUCUUCUGAGAUUGUUGGAAACUGGACAAGAACAAGUUUAAGUGAACCCCUAACUAACAUCUUUAUUUCUCACCCUACAAGACAACAAAAUCUGUCAUCUUCGGGAUAUAUGAUUCGAUUAAGACACCACAUGAUUAAUUUUACCGAUGUCCAUACCACCUAUGAUAUCAAUUUUUUCACCUUAAGUUUUUGGAUUCGUUUGGAAAAUAUCACAUUCAAAUAUGAAUCUGCUAUUGUUGUUAAUUUUGGGAUACAUGAAAUUCACAUUUCGGUCAUCAGUGGAACAUUAUCUAUCAAAUGGGCACAAACGACUGUAAUCAGUUCUAUUAAAAUAGUGGAAGAUACAUGGACAUAUUUAACUAUUUUACGGAGUUAUUCGAACGGUUUAGUGACAAUGUAUGCGAUGUCAGAGGGAUCUCUCCAGCAUCAUCAGUUUUACAGCAUACACAUAGGCAUACUUUACAACAUACAAGGAAUUUAUUUUGCUCCUCUUGGUCUUCAAAGCUCUUUGGAACUGGAACAAUUGCGAAUGUGGAAUGUAACUAAAGACCUCGAAAAUAUUAUUGAGGAUAUGAAAAACUAUUUGAAUGUGAACAAUAAAGAUAUCAUUGUUUUAAUCAAUUUUGAUGAAGGAGCAGGCAAUGAAACAUUUCUCAUCGAUAGGUCCAGUCUCUCAAAUCGACUUGUAGCGGGUUUAAUAAGCGGAGGUAAUGACACAGAUCUUUGGCAACCAUCGGAUAUACCAAUUCCUGUUUUGAAUUUACGCCGUUCCCUUGAGCCAUCAGCGAUCACAACAGAUAUCAUUGAUCGUUGUCUAAAUGCUUUCAAUCAUUCUGACAUUCAAAAGAGCUGCAAAAAUAUAGAUUCUCUGAAGGAUUUUCUACUUGAGGUCUGUCUUGCUGAAUCUACCGAACUUGAUUAUAAUGGGACAAUUGCAAAAAGAAUAAUACUUGAUAACUUGAUAUUUUAUUGUCAAGGAGUAUUUAAUGUAGAUGAAUGCGAACUUAAGGAUUAUUUCGAUUUCUGUUCAAAUACAGAAAAGGACAGCGAGUUUCCAGUUUGGGUUAUAAUUUUCAUAGGAGUAUUUGUAUUUUGUCUGACUGUAAUUGUUUUGAUCUGCUGCUGCUGUUGCUGGUAUCAUGGAUGGUGUUGUUACCGAAAACGAAAAAGAUGGGGUCUUCGGUCAUCUCAUGACACCUUAGUUUCAGAUGAAGAGGAAGAGACUGUAUUUGGACAUUACAAUCCAUCAUUUGAUAUCGAUAUCGCCACGCUUGAAAAAACGAAACAAGACCUUCGAAAAGUAUUUGACCAACAUUUUGAAGAAAGGGACUUAGAGUCACCACAUCCAAGGCCUUCGUCAGUGUCUGGUAUUCCAUUAAACUUCAGUAGUUUCGGCAAUGAUGGUAACGAUAAUAAACAUGGUGGCAUGCCCCCUGUUGACACAUUUAUCAAACCAUCGUCUUCCUUACAACAUGAUGCAAAUGAAGAAGAUACAAGAAGACCAAUCCACUCACCCAUUUCGACAGUUAAUCCGAUGUUCGAUGUACCAGAGCAUGACGAAGAGGAUCGAUCAAUUUGGGGUCCGUCUACGAGGGAAGUAUUCUUUUGUCAAGACGAGGAUCCAGCGCCUUGGAAAAAAGAUCUAUCUAAAGAAGGAAAACAUUCAAAGUCAUUUGGGAAAAACAAGGGGGACCAAUCUAAAGAAACAAAGGAUUUGAAAAUACCAGUAAAGCAUAAAAGGGGAAAACCAGAUGAAGUCAACAUCACCUGUUUCAGAGAAUCUGAAUUGUCUGAUGAGCGUUUUGUUCCUCCAUCGUCGUUCCUGAUCUCGUCAACUCAUUCCAGUGGACCAAAAGAUAAAAACGAUUUAUCGAAGGGUAAACACGCGGAACCUUCCCAACACACAACCCCUGGUCAUCAAUAUUUGAAGAAGAAAAAAGACGAUGAAGAUAAAAGGAAAGAAAAGAAACAGGUACAUUUAAGAGCUUCACCAGAACGACCUGGAUCAUCAACCAGUGUUUCGUCCGUUAAGUACAAUCCAUUCAUACAACCGGGGCAGGGGGGCCACGAAGACGAUGAAGGGAUGAGGAAUUUAAGUCCCUUCCAACCCAUGAGCGAUGAAGACGAUUUAGAUGACACUGCUCCAAGAAAGUCGAGUAAUUCACAUGAUAAAACGACAACUGAUGGGAGAAUGACGCAGAGAACGGGUGGUUCCACAGCGGGAGAGUCGGAUACUGACGAAGAAGCUCUGCCCAUCGUUGAUGUCUCGGAUAAGAAACACCAGAAACUAUGAAGCCCGAAGAACACGUUCAUUUAACUUUGGCCGCGUGAUGAAAUAUGUUUUGUGCAUAAAUCUGGACUUCUUUAAAAUUAUAAACAGCAACAUUUUUUAUAUUUGUGUAAUUAGUUUAGAUUUGUAUACUACAUGUAUUAAUAUUUUAUUUAUAGUUUAGUAUAUAAAAAACAACGAAUGUAUAUAUACUUUUUUCUCGGCGACUUUUUAUCAUCAUAUUAUUUGAAAUGUAUUUAUUUAUCUGAUAGGUUAAUAGGAGAAUAGCAGUCUUCAUGCACCUUUUAUGUAUAAUGGACCAUUUUACGUUUUCUUAUUGAUACAAUUAUUUUUAUAUCGUCCUUUAUAUCUUGUGCAAAUAGAGUGCAUUUUUUUUUAAACGUUUUAGAUUUUUUUUCAUAUAGAAUAUGGACAGUUUUUGAUUUAAAA